AUGUCCCGAAAGCUCGAUUUUCUCCGAGAGGACUUUGUGACGUCCGCCAACUCGGCCUCGCAAUUCCUUGUCGACAUUCGGGGAAAAACUAUUCAACCCGACCAAAUCAUGGUAUCCUUCGACGUUGUCUCACUUUUCACGUCCAUCCCACCCGACUUGGCGAGCGACGUGCUAUGCAAGCGUCUUGAAGAAAAGUACGACGAAACGACAGGGCCGCUAAAGAUCCAGCACCUAAUGCAGCUCUUUGCAUUCUGCCAACGAACCUUUUUCACUUCCGAUGGCAGAACAUACGAACAAAUCAGAGGAACAACCAUGGGUUCCCCAAUAUCCAGUCUAGUUGCGGAAUUGGUCCUACAAGAGUUGGAAAAGGUUGCUUUCAGCCACUACAAACCUGCGUUUUGGCGCCGAUACGUGGACGGUACAUUCGUCAUUAUUGAAAAGGACAAGCUAUCGGGUUUUCAAGACUUACUUAGCUGCAUAUUCCCCGACAUUCAGUUUACAAAAGAAGAUGAGGAGGACGAGAAAGUACCCUUCCGGGACGUGCUCGUCACGCGCACAGCUGACGGUGAACUCAGCACUACAGUGUACAGAAAGGUCCUCAAUUAUCAUAGCAACCACCCACCGGUGCACAAACGGGGCUGUGUGAGGGCGCUCUUCGACCGGGUAAAAUCGCCCUGUAGCGAGCCCGAAGGAAGAAUGCCAGAACUACGGGAUCUCCGGGGCCAAUUAACAGAGAAAGGCUACUCAAAUAGUUUUAUCAGUUGCUGCGUACGCAAGCACUCACGGCGGACAAAUGGAGGAGAGACACCAACAACUUGGCACUCCCUACCGUACAUAAAGAAUGUAUCCCAGGCUACAGAACGCAUUGCGUCAGAGCUAUGCGUGGGCAUCACUCAUCAUCCGGCGGCCAUCAUGCGUAGCAUGAUCAUGAAAAUGAAGGAUCGACUGGACGCAGGUGAACAGUCGGGCGUAGUCUAUCAAAUUCCGUGCCAAAACUGUCCUUGCCACUACACAGGCCGGACAGGACGACGCCUCAGCUCACGAAUACUUGAGCAAAACGGGUCGUUCGAAGAGGCGACCCAAUAUCUCAAGUCGACACUCCCACGCUGGAGGAAGGCCAUGAGUUUGACUCCGCCAACACGCGGAUAUUGGCGCGAGCCGGCAACAAGACAGGGCGAGAGCUGUUGGAUGCGUGGGUGUCGGACACCGAUUCUAUCAACAGACACAUCGAUUUGCCUGCGUGUUUUCACGCGCUCCGCCCACGCAGCCAGGUGGCGCAGCUCACAUUGUCGCGAAGUACAAACGGCGUCACCACGUCGGGGGACCAUCGUGAGACCAGUUCGAUUCCGAAAGCUCAGGCAAAUAAAUCUGCUGUCCCAGUGAUCGUUCCUUCAUCGGCUUUUAAACAAGAACCUGGGAUGCGCAUAUUCUCUUCCAUUCAUUUACUUAUUUUUGGUAAAAAGUACGUUUUCUUCAAACUUUAUAUUUGAGGACGGGAUGUAAUCUUUGCAGGCAACAUUAGUUAAUGAAGGGAAAAUUUUUCUGAAUGACGAUUUCACGAUCUUGAAAAAUCUCGUAACCGGAGGCGUUUUUAAAACCGAAUUGCGUCGAGACGGAAACGCAUUCCACAAGUUCGGUUAGCAUUCUUGACUCAGCAAAUUCACUAUCUGCAUAAGUAUUAGCGUGGUUCCACCCUUUGAUGUAUAUAAAAAAGUCGCCUUAAUCGAAAGAAAUUUCACAAAAACAACAGCAAUUGCAUUGCGCCUUGUGUCCUCUGUACUCCUUUUCUCUAAAGUGAACUGAUAUCGCUAUUCCAUUUCCUGCACCCAGCCCUACCAUCCCACUGGCAUCGGUCCGUAGGCCUAUCCUCAUGCUUCUAUAUUCACGCACCUUACGUCGUUUUCAACCUAACGCCGCAUCAACGGCUGCCUAGGGUGUUAUCUAGCUCAGUUUUGCCCUCUUCAUCUUGUCUAAGGCAGUGGAAAUAUCUUUAACAGCGAGAAUUCUAAUCCGUUAUCCUACAGCAAGACGGAUGGUACCUAUUUGAUCUCCCAAGGCGCCAUCUUACCUGCCAUUGUUGUGAACAGGUGACCAUGGAAUAUGUGUUGAGCUCCUGAAUUUAUACCUAUUCCACCCUAUCCAAAUCACAAGCACUUCAUCAGUUGUCAGGUUUCUGAUAAAAGUCCAAUAAGUAGAGACGAUCUUUCCAGUCUGGUCUUCCUUUGCCAAUGAAUCUCCAGAUUUUUAAUUGCUCCCAUUACCUGGUCAUUACUGAAAGUCCUUGUUUGUAGCCUUAAGAAAACACGAAGCUUUGUAGUCUGUCCUCUCUUCAGCGCAACUGGCUCCUUCUUAAUGUGGUCCCCAUAGCACUCCGCUUCGUGAAAUCUCAGCCGGAUGUGGCUGCACGCCUAGAGGUGGCUCGUCCGCGCCGGCUACCUGCGUCCUUUUUGGCCUGCGAUCUUCUUGACUCAAUCUUGACACUAAACGCAGAUGGGUGAGAGUGAUGAGUGCAGGGCUACUCUUACUAUAAAGAAACUCUGCGCAAGUCACUGACUCUGCUCGAAUUCUGCAGUGGAGCACAUCGUAGACAUCGUUAAAAAAGGUAGUCAAACUAUCAAUCAGCACAACAAUUUUACGCCCGCACCCGCUUUUUCUCUACCCGUCAAAUGAUGCGCAAAAACUUGUGAUGAUCAUGACGCUGAUCGUCAUGCAUUUGAGCUUAGCACCUUCUUUAAUCAGACCUAUAUUACACUGGGUCAAUCAACAAGCCAGUGGCAAUUAAGAUUAACUUCAGGGAUUCGCUUUUUCAUUGUUCAGGUGCAAACAGGAAGAAUAAUCGUUAAAUUGGAAAAUAUUUCAGCCGAUUUCGUCUAUUCUUCAUCGCCCUAUCGGUGUUCUGAGAAUUCUCGAAGUUCAACUUUUGCUGCCGUCCAUAGCAAGUCUUUUAAAGAAGCUGAAGCAAACUUUUUGGUUUGUGCGGACUUGAAGUUUAGGACACUUCGUGCAUUAUUUAUUUGUAGCCCGCAAUUCAUUAAUGAAUACAUCUAAAGUACACUCAGCAGAAUACAGAGAUGCUGAAAAUUUUCUGACUCCUUCAAACUAUCUCCUAUCGUUUCAGAACACAACCAGUUCACAGUAGGGUCGCGCUCAUUUAACUUUGUUCCGAAAAUUGCUAAGACCGAGACGGUUACACAUGGGUCAUAGCAGGCAAUCGAAUCAAGGGAAAAGGGAUCUAAAGCCAAGAGCUGAAUAAGGUGUUUUUAUCAACGAACACAGUUAGAUUAGUGAAACACUUUGGUACUUCAUGUAGGAAAAGUUAGGAAUUAUUUAGAUGGCAUUCAGCAGCAACUAAAAGUCGCCUCUUGUUUUCUUUACUAUUUUCUAUUUCAUAUGAAAAUGAAAAGCAUUUUCUCAGCCAUCCUUUGUACGUAUGUAUAGGCACUAAAUUCCCUCGUCCUCAACCCAAAGAACAGACCGAUGCCAUCGUACUCAGGUUCAAGCAGUUAGCGGCUGAGUGAGGUAGUCGAAUCGAUUCCAAACACACAGAAGUAGUGACUAAGGUUGGAAAUGGAUUGGUCAGUAUGAGAGGACUGCUGGCUGUAGAUGUGUUCACAGGAACGGACGGCUGAAGAAGACAUCUAGUCGAGGAGCGAGCCACAAUAGUGGACCCCUUCACGUUCAUUUCAAAACAACAGAAACUGGGUCAGUUUUGAGGGUCCUACUGCAUCGAAUAAGUGAAUUCGGCCUCAGACGUAGACACGCAUAGCAAGCUCUCUUGUGAAUAGCUGCCCAUAACAAAGUCAACCUUGGAUGUUCGAUGUGAGGCUGCGAAAUGCUGUCGUGCAGGUUGCGCUUUUACAUCCUGCUCCAACUCGGGGCAUCUAUAAGGACGAGUCGACAUUUGGAGCAUAGUCGACAGAGGUAAUGCAUUAUAAUUUACCCACCGCGUGCAGUGCAGGAUCACUGAACUGAUGGUGGCCGUAAAAACCAAGACUUGUGUUAAAAAAAGCUCGUGGUCUACCGCAAAACGGUUAACUGACAAGAACGGCCUUGGGCACUCAGGCAGCAGACAUUUUUGGUCACGACCAGCUUAAUAAUUCAUGCGUCUCCUCACCGAGCAGGAAGACUUGGAGAGGUGGGUAAAAGCUAUCGGCAUACGAACUCUUCCGUGGUCAACGCGAAUGCUAGGCCUGUUUGCACUUGAGCACGCUUUACGCUAUUUUCGAUUAGCAGGCAUAGUUUCUCCACCACUCGGAAUGUCUGAAAUUUGCUUGGUUGGAGAGAUGAAACGAAAAUCCUAUUUGAUUUUUUAAUUACUCGAAAGAAAACGUGUGAUGCGAUUUGUGACGUCGAAGCAUUAAGGACUAUAAAUAGGAGGUAUUAAAGUGGACAAUAGUAGGCUGUACAAUUCUCGCUUUCUGUAAUGACUACAUACUUCCUCGUUCUUCCAUGUUGUUUUUGAUUUAGAAAUGCAAGCCAAAAAUACCAGCAUGGAUUCCCAAUUGAACUCACCAGUCUCGUGCAGUUUAAGGCUGGAUAGCGUUUUACUGCCGAAUGUGUCGUCUGGUUUUCAGUUGCAUUUAAACGAAUUGCCCAAUUCCUUCCCUUCUUAUCCCCUUCUUUAAGUUAGCUGAUAUCGAUUAAACGAUGACUUAAAUCAAAAUAAUUUCUCCUGCUCCACAAACUCAUUAUUCCUUUAGCCCACCUUAAUGUGUAUCAUACCGAGAACGUUGUUAACAUAUUUCUAGCCUGUGACUGAGUUUAUGCCAGCCAGUCUCCGUGCUGCAUCCCACCUUGUUCCUUUAAAUUAUAAAAACACCUCCCUUGAUAGGCAAAUCACGGUCGGCUGACCUUACCAGAAGCUUUACUGUUUACAUCUUUUGUUUUUUACGACGACAACAAUAGUAGAUGCCUCUUUGUUGACAGUUCCAACCAAAUUUGCGUCAUUACGCACGAUCAAGCUGGCCUACAUUUUUCCCUUACUCUUCCAUUUUUUUCACGAAACAGUGGGUGCCUCACAAGUGAUCACAUUUAUUUGUUGACAUUUCCUCCUGACUUUAGCCCUCAAAUGUCUUCAUUCCAGAAUUUUUUGGUAGUUGAUCUCCAACUGUUCUCACGGUUUUCUGUGCUCUGGUUGACUGUCGACACGUCAGACUGCAUACCGGGCCGACACCUCUGUCUGUCAGAGACAUUCGUCCCAUGUCUCAGGACUUGCUUCAUCGUGUCUUAACUUCUUAGCUUUAUGUAUGGUUCAUGCUGCGGUUAAAACCUGACAUUAUUCGAAAAUCUGGCAGUCACUGGGCAUCUCCAUUGCAAAGAGUUACCGAGCAAAAGGGAACUGAUUGAUAUCAUUCGAAUGUCAGCGGCGGGGCAGACACUUUCAGGAUGCUUAUGAGGAUGUCCAAAAUAUAUACGUAUCAAGACAGCUGUCACUAGACCCACUCACGGUACACCCCAAACCACUUCAUUUUCUCUUUUCAUUUCCCUCCGCUGUCCCCUGCCUGCCACCCUCCAUCAAAAUCACGAUUUUUGGAAUUCACAUGGGCUUCUUGAUGCUCCUGUUUUUAAAAUGAUGCUUAAAAACUGUAUUUUGGUCUUCGGAUGAGUUACCGUGCAAGGGCAUUUAAAAGCUGAUUGGUUUUAUCUGUUCAACCUCAAAUUUCUGGAACUUUAUACAUCCACAUGGAUUUCACCUUCCUCCAGAGCCAGAUGCCCAGUCUCAAGCUCAAUAUCCUUCUGAAUACUGUCUUAUUUUGUUGGCCACUCAAAAGCUUACGCUGUUGGCUCAGGGUACUUAGUUUGGUCGUCAUGCAAGGCUGAAAACCGCGCAAAACAGACGGGUUUGGCUGGAUGUUGUCGCGCUACAGGCCACUUCCAGUUUCUUUGAACUUCAGUGGAAAGGUCAGGGCGAAACCUCCUCCUUCUGUAUCUUAAGAACGCAUACCCGACCAUCCCAUCUCUAUCGCCAUAUUUUGGCCUGCAGUCAUCUUAUGAAAUGUCAACGGCAAUUCUGAAAUUAUUUUCGAUUAAGGAGGAACACUUGAGUAGGGUUAUGAUAUUGUUUGUCGUGAUGUGCCAGACGUGCCAGGAUGUUAGCUUUUGAAUGCACGUUUUUUGGGCGCCCGCAACAACUGCACUCGGCGAGAAUGUUUUCCUAAGUUGUAUGCAUUUUCCAUUGCUUUUCGAUGUUCUUAUAGGUUCAAAUAUAAUUUAUACAAAACCUACUAAGAAGCACACAUUUUCAUAUUUAUUUGGUCAAAAAUCACCUUAGUUUUAAAUUGUUUACCCGGAAGAAGGGUAUAUUUUAGUUUAAAAGAAGUUCCUGAACUGUUAAGCAAUUUUCUGUUCCAUCUGCGCUGCAUUCACGUUUAGGGUUUUCAGUCUACAAGCUGCAUACGUUCCGUGUAGAUAUAAUUAGAUAAGAUGUAGUUAUUUAGCCCCACCUGAUAGACACAUUACUGUUGGGGUUGAGAUCGGGGGGUCAGGGUUAGGGAUUAGGAUUAUAAGUUAUGAUUAGUAGUAAGGGUUGGGGAUUAAGGUCAAGAGUUUGAGUUAAGGUUAGGGUUAGGAGUUAGGACAAUUUUUCUCAACCACUCGAAGCACAACCGCGCAUUCCCAAUAGCCGUUCUUUUGCAUACAAUUACUUGACCUCGUCACCUGUGCGUUUACCGACCCCACCUGUAAAAACUCCUAUUACCACCUAUCCCGUAUUACAGAUGGUUGGAGUUUUUUACUUCAAGUGGAGCUACAUAACCACAUCUGACAUGUAAUCAUAUUUUUUCUGUGCCAAUGAUAAGAUACCAUAUUGGGUUCAAAAAAUUCCUAAUUAAACUUAAAAUAUGUUCUGUACUUUCUGGGGAACUUUACUAACUGGACAGAUAGAAUGCAGUUUGGAGGGAACUGCACAGUUGUAGGCAUCUCCUAAUCAGAAACCUCUGGAAACCCAGAUGUACUUUUUCUUUAAAAAAUAUAGUUUGGAAAAAAAGUUUCUUUCAAUCAAGUGAGCACAUGAAAGAAUGUUUUGUCCUGUUUUCUUUAAGAUGUUUUUGGAUUUACAAGUUCGCGAAAACCAAUGAAUGAAAAAGCAUGCUACCUAUGCAGUCUCUUGUUACCGAUGAAUGUUUUGAGCGGCCGAGAAGACAUGCAUUCUGAAGUCAACAUUCUGGCAUUUGUGAUACAUCUUGGGAUUGCGUUGUACGAUUAUCCAAAUUACAACUCCACACACGCAAUCCAUGCAGAUCAAAAAUAAUUCCGGAAUGUUAUCUUGAUAUUUAAAAAUUAUUAAUCUUUUCGGCUGCCUAGUCGAUUCUGUGCACAUUUUAAUGUGAUUCUAGCAUAGUCGGUGUGUGGUUUAAAAGCUGCUUAACAGGAUGACCACGAAAAGGUCAGGAACGUGUAAAUGUCGAAACACAUGAUCAGGUAACGCGGAAAAAAACAAUUUAGGCCCAAACUACGUUUCGUAUCCGCACAUUGCAACUAGAAUGUAAGUGCCUUCCUAACAAAGCUUUCGCAGCAAGACACCAAUUACGUGCCGAUUACUCUUUAAUGCCACAAAAAUGCGUGCUCGGACUUUGUUCCUCCAUACUCCAUCUUGUCUUUCUGCAUUCGAACUUGGGGAGAUUGACCCGAAUGUAGGUACCUUUCUGGACCAUUGUGGCUCAUGACCAUCACCUUAUUUUUCGCAGUCAUUAAAUUCCUCUUGUGACUUCACGUAAUGCCAGACACCUACCAGUCGAAUUUUCACUCCUUGAAUUCCAGCUAAUUCCUGUACUUUUAACUGCAUUUACUGCAAGCUGCACCAAAGCAAAGACGUGAAUAUUAAAGGCUACAUACGUCUGAAGUCGCGACAAUAAUUUCUAAAUAAAUAUUUUAGGGCUAGGAGGCCUCUUUUUGCGUGGGAGUUCUACGUCCGCAGUGUUUGGAAUGCGCCUUGUAAAAAUAGACAUCUGAGGAACCUUCACACCCCUCUUAAACGACAGUAUCACCCAAGCCGUUUGAACCUACAGGUCCAUUAUUUACGCAGUUAAGUUGUGUUUCGUGCAGUGCCUAUCAAAAUAAACCAUCUAACGAGAAGGCGGCUGGCAUGAACAUCCGGUUCACUGUUAUUAACUACACAUGAAAUAAGCGUAAUCGAGCGAAAAUAACUAAAUAAUCAAAAAUCCAUAAAAACGCGUGCGCCAAAGCACGACUAACAAAGCAGAAUCUCCCUUAAAAGCAAAGCGCUAAAGAGAUGUCACAAGUACCAUUUUAUUGCUUAGAAAGAACAUCUCAUAAAAAAACACAAACGGGUGUCACAUGGAAGAACUCAAAUUACAGUAGAUGGGCUAAUUUAUUAAGUGUCAACAGAAAUUUCGAAGUGCGUUUUUGGUUUCAAAAGAAUAAUUAAGUAGGGUUGUAAAACUAAGCAUCAUGCAGCAAAUUAUCAUAAUAAUUCAGUUACCUCAGGAUGCCAGAUUUCGAACGAAUCUCUUUUAUUCUUCAUGGAAAAUAUAUGGUCACUGGAAAAUGACUGCUUACUUGGCGUGCAUUUUUCUCAUUUACCUUCGAUGCCCUUAAAAAUCCAAUUAUACUUCAUGGAAAACAUGCAUAAAAAUAUUCAUUCUCCUGCUCAUUCAGUACAGAAUCACGUCGUCUUCCAAGUUAAUGAUCGAAUAAAGGAAAUAAUUUGGGUUUAAAAACGUUUCUAAGUGUGGCAUUUUUUAAUACCGUGAAAUGGCCGUUCAUGAUAUCUCAUGCCGCUGCAUUUACCAAUUGGGCUUGUAUAGUUCACGAUAUGGCUCAUAUCCACUGUCAAAUUUUAUGAAUCCCCAUACAGUCUCCCUUUAAUACCGUCGAGAAAUAUAUGGCUUUAUGGACGCGGAGAAUAUACAGCUUGUAGUUGGGAAACCACGAAUGCAAGCGUAACUGCACGUCGGGCGCAAGAUUCUUCGACAAGUGGAAAAAUUUUCGAAAACCAAAUUACCCCCUUUCCUUGAGUAUAAUAUAGGAAGACGAAGUUUUCUACCGAAUGAGCAGAAGAAGAAGUACUUUUUAUGCAAGUGUUCCAAGAAAUGUACUUGAAUGAUUGACGGCAUCGAAAAUCAGUGAUAAAAAUGCAUGUAACACAAAUAGUCAAUUAUUACAGUUGCCAUAAAGUCACCUAAUGGCAGGCCAGUCACGGGCCACUAACCUUAAAUAGAGCAGACAUUUUUAUCGUUUGUGUAUAUGAGAAACCUUUUUAAGUCAAAUUUAUUUAGGGUAUUCUGCGAUGGUGAAGUCUGUUGAAUUUAAGAGCGGAUUUUAAAUAUUAAUGUGUGCUGUUUGAUUUUCAGUGUUUUAAAUUCACUGCGAAUCAAUGUGGACUCUGAACUAUAAAUUUAUAAAACUCUUCAACAUAAAAUACUUUUGGAAAUUAGUUACCCAGUUACUGAGCUCCUGGGCCUAUUUUCUUAUGCACUAGGUGGACUAACUCAACCGAGAUACCGAAAUGCGUUUUCGUUCUGAAAAUAUCGAUUAAGCAGUGUUGUAAACCUAAUCAUUUUGCAGCAUACUUCUAUAAAAAUUCAGUUGCAUCGGGAUGCUGCCUUCCUAAAAAACUUCUGUCCGGCUGCAUGCACAAAAUAUGCACUGGGAAAAAUGACCACUAACGUGGCAUGCAUUUUUCUCAUUGAUCUUCGACGUCCUUGGAAAUUUAAUUACAUUUCAUGGAAACCAUGCAUAAAAGCAUUCAAUCUUUUAUUCAUUUGGUAGAAAAUUACAUCUUCAUUCAAUUUUACACUCGAAGGAAGGGUGUAAUUCGGUUUCCAAAAACUUUUCGGAAUUCCGAAUAAUUUUGAACCCGACGUGUCAUUACACGUGCAUUCAGGGUUUGCAAACUACAAGUCGAAUGUUUUCCGCGUACGUAAAACCAUAUAUUUCUCUACGGUAUUAAGAGAAGACUAUAUAGGGUUCAUAAGAUUUAGCCGUGGAUUUGAGCUAUAUUGUUAACUUUACCGGCCAUAUUAAUAAAUGCAGAGACAUGACGUUUAACGGACGCUCCAUUUCGCGGUAUUGAAAAAUCUCACAAUUAGAAACUUUUUGAAACCUAAAUAUGCCCUUCCUUCGAGUACAAAACUGAAAGAAAUCGUUAGUGUCUACCGAAUGACCAAAAGAGUAAAUAUUUUUAUGCAUGGUUUCUAUGAUAUGUAAUUAAAGUUCCAAGGUCAUCGAAAAUGAAUAAGAAAAAUGCAUGCUACGUAAGUAGUUAUUUUUUACAGUGUAUAUUUUGUGCAUGCAGUUGGAUAGAAGUUCUUUCGAAAGGCAUCAUCACAAUAUAACGAAAUUCUGAUAGAAUUAUGCUACAGGAUGAUAAGUUUAAUAACACUGCUUAAUUAAUCUUUUUGAAACGAAAGCGCAUUUCGGAAUUUCAGUUGACUUUUCAUGCGUUGGCCCACCUCUUGUAUAUGUUCCCGUUUGUGAAGCAAUUGAAUACCCACGCUUAUGGAAAUACCAUGUCAAAAAUGAACAUCUGCAACAGAAGUCAAAGACGGAUAUGGGAACGAGGUAUGAGGUAAUACUUGUGAACGAUAAGACAAACCGAUUAGAGUUCAUCUUUCCAUACAAGCAGGACGUGUAAAUAAGAGAUUGGGAAGAGUGGACAAAAGUAGCAGUGAGCGUUAAGAGGAGCUGUGUCACAGGGGGGAAGAGUAAAUCGGGACGCGUGCACAUGCAUGCAGACAGUUGCGUCUGCUGAUGCCAGUAAGCGCCGACCCAGUUGCUUAAGACAGUUAGGUGGGACCUUGUAAAUCACACGGUAGGCUUCGAUGAGAUGCACACAGCAUCAGUUAUGUAUGCGAGGGUGGAGCUCUCUUUACCGGCAGGUGUUCUCGUAGUCUUUUGGAUAGCACCCACUCGUACAACCAAUAUAAUUUGCUCUACGGGAACAGGUAAAGGGAUGAAUGCGCUUGAAGGUGGUCUGAACUGGUUGUUAUCCUUACAUUCCUCGCUUAAGUCGGGGUUAGUCAAGAAAAAUAUCCGAACUCUUACUGCCGUGAUUGAUCAUGGAACGGCUUGGCCUAGGCAUUCUCUCAAGAGUUAACUUGCCGCGUUCCCUUAAAAGGGGACUUUAUGGAACAGAGUUAUUUCCGUCGGUUUGAUGAGUUUUGCGGUCGUUCGGCAAGAUGCUCGUUUCCUCGAAGGAGGUCCUGGAUAAUUCCAUAUAUCCAAGAGACUUUUCUGCCCUUUUGCGUCAAACAACGGACUAAAUUUCGUUUCUGUUGAAGGGAUGCGAAACUGCAGGAAUUCAUAUAUUGCCCAGGUUUCUUUUCGAUAGACACUUCUUUAAACGCUAUCGUCAGCUUUUUACCUAGAGGGAUGUCUAAGAAAGGCAGAGAGUCUCCUGCUUCCCCGUUCAACGUAAACCUGAUCGACGCGUAUGCUAGAUUUGCAGCAUCUAAACGGGUGGUUAUUUUGGUUUCUCUCUGUUUAUGUCGGUUUCGUCAAAGUAGAGCAGAAGUGGCUUCAGCUUUUCAAAGAAAACAUCGGCCAGGAGAGGACCAAGAGGCGGUCCCAUACCAAAUCCAUCUGUAUGUUUACAUAUGUGUUUGUCAAUGAGGAACUGCGCUUCUUGUGUGCAUUUUUGUAAUGGUCCCUUGACUGCAUUCGUCGGGAUUCCUUUUUUCCUGGUGAAUGGUUAACAGGAAUUAACAGACUCGACUGUCUCUGUGAUCGGUACGUUUGUGAAGAGUGAUGCGACAUCAGGUUAAAACAUCACGAUACCAUUUAGGUUUAGGUUUUUGACGUCUUUGCUGAGUCCGAAGGUAACCCGAAAGCUAAGUAGGACUGGUUGAUACUGUGCGGGAUUAAGUUUCUCCACCUACCACUUCGCUACCCCGCCCUAAGGAGAGGUGCGUAUGUCAAAUAUCGGACGCACCGGUGGAGCAUUCCUGUUGAUCUCCAGUAGACCAUAUAGAAGAACAAUUGUGUAGGCGCCUAUGUGAGUCUUUUGGAAACCCUGACUGUAGUUUCAGUCCGCUCACCCGUUUCAGGAAUGAAGAUCUCUUUGUGUCUUCCUGUCUUCUUCCCCUUUUCUCGGUAUAGUUGAUAAAUUCCUGUCUUUUGUUUUCUGUCAGGAUGUCAAGAACGGCUGUGCGUUAAUAAACAUAACGUCCUAGAUCUUCCAUUUUUGCGCGCGUGAUAUUCAGUUGACGUUUAACGUAUCUUCUCGUGGUUGCGGAGGCAAUAGCUGAAAGACUAAGUCGCACUGCUCUGCAAUAGUCUUUUGGAUACUCAUUUCUCUCAAUACUAUCUUCCUUAAACUUGGCCAGUACGCUUGCCUCCACAGGCUUGGUGUUAAAACGUGGAUACACAUUGAGUGCCUUUAACAUCGCAGGAUCUUUUGACUGUGUUUAGAGUUACGACAGUUCUCAUAAAACAACUCGGAAGACCAUUUGGCGAACAUAUACGUGUUUUCGACAAAUUCUCGACAGGCCCGAAUAUGUAUACGGAAACGAUGCACAUAGUCAAAUGUGUGAGCAAUAAAAGAAAUCGAUUACGGUUCGUCUUUUCAUGUGCAUGUAAUGACCCGACGCGAGUUUAUCGAAAGCAUGUGUAUGUUUAGUAGACGUUCUUUUUGAUAGUAGUUUAUAUUCCGCCGCAAACAGACGACUUUUUUUGUCCUUAUAUUUCAUCUUUUUCAGUACCGCGAGUUACUUUUAGGCUCUGUUCUGCGAUUGUGAAUGAACUGAAGCGGGGUACUAUAAGCGCCAACAUAAUGUGCAGGCUGAUAAUAUUUGUCCGCCCUGUUUCUAAACUACGCAUACGCUGGGUCUAAACCGCUCAAAACGUACAUUUCCACAUGUCGAGUACACAAAUGGAUUGUUCAAUUAUGACCAUUUUUUCCGUUCCUGUUAGUGUCUUCGUAAACAGCAAGACGGUAUCAACACCUUCAUACGAAGGGUGGCCUGCGGUCGUAAUUAUCGCAUUUUGGAGGAGGAAAUCACAAAGAUUGGCAUUUAAUGAUCGAUACAACGUCUAGCCCUCCAAAAUAGCCUGUUUGUGUGCAAAAUGCAUCCAAUGGUUGGUGUCUGGCAAGAAUCAAUUGUUUAAUGUGACAAGUUUUGUAAGGUAAAAUUUUUGGGGUUUAAUUACUCUCCUUUCACUGAAAAAACAUGUUCGGAUGCGCAAACUAGGUCUUGGGCAGCAAGUUAUGUAAAGAAUUGUCUAAAUAUAUCGUAACGCGUAUUUCCACUCAAUUUUAUGAACAUCGUACGUGAUCACGUCACCUAGACGCUUAUUUCGCAGGAAAAAAGACAUUAUCCAGAGGGAGAUUGGGUAAAAGAGCCAAAUGCACGGUGUUUAAAAUGCUCAGAAUUAUCAUACCAGUUCCUAAAACCGCGUUUAAUAAGUUAGGACACAUACAGUAUAAUCAGUGAACUUCUGCCUUGUCGUCCUGAUUGUCUCAAUCAAUGAAAUCUAAAUGCCGGCCUUUAGACCUGAAAUUUGGAGUACCGGACGGUCGAUGGAAGGUAGACUUGCGACUCUGUGAUCUAGCGAAUGCAUUCACUUCUCUUAUUUGCUAUUCGGUCAACGCCAAGGGCCUAAACAAAAGCACCACCAAGCAUAUGACACGCUGUUCCAAACAUUUAUUAUAAAGCGACCGAGCACAUUGCUCCGGGAUAAGAUUUUGGAAUUUUACGUCAGACCAAAGCCAGCAUGCUAACAAGGUCAUGAAAAUUAAAGGCCCAUUAAAUCACAGGGAGCGGACUGGGCUAGUGCUCAACAUCCCGUUCUUAACCUGUCAUCGUGACUACACAGGUCAAAAUGAACGCAUGCUCGGAUUGCGUAAUCAUGAAUGAAGCGACGGGAUGACUGAUUAUCUAGAUUGGCUGCUCUUGGCUACGAAAAGGGUCAUUAGUUCAUCCUUGCAGCUGCCAAGAUAUUCUUCCCCACCGAAAGUGCGAAACGUUGAAAAUUAAUUGAAGACUGGGCUUCGGAUUCGAACUCAGUCGAUCGAUCUAUCGAUCGGGCACCAGCAUGCAGAAUAUUGCGCCGUCACCUCCAGACCUACAUUACUGGCCGUUGAUUGACUAAUGUCCACAUGUAACCGUCACUUGUUCUGUUGCUUCCAUUAUCUCCAAAAAUGAACUGCUUUAGUUCGAAAGCAUUGAAUAAUAAACAAAUUGUUCCAGUAUUCGACCAGUCUGCUUUACUCAUUUCUACCUGCCCCGCACACAAUGGAGAUUCAAAAUUGUAUGAGUUGGCUUGAAGCAAAUUUAGUACACAUACACUGAAAAGACGGCAGUAAAACAAACGUCACCCUUCAAACUGUGAAGGCGUGAGCUGUAGUCUUAUGCUGAAAAUAUGAGGUUGGUCGUUUGCUAAGGCGGCAAGAGAUCCAAGUGUUCCAAUUUAUGGAGCCGGUACCAUGACGAUCAAUGCAUAACGUAAAAGUCCAACCCUUUUCCCACCCUCCCUUCAUCAGUAAUGUCUUCUCUCGCCAAACCUUCAAAACGACCAAGCGUAAACCGAACAUUACAGUUCCAACUUGCCACCUAAACAAUUUCAGGCGAGAAUUCACAUUUAAAAAACCUGAUGUGAAAUUAUCCAAAUAUUCUUUCGAAAUUUCGGUGUCCUAUUAACGCAAAUAAAAGAAAACAUCUACGAAUGGAGCAAUUUUUAAAAAUAUGGCAUCGCGCCGUUUUAUGUUUCAAAAGUUUGAAGUAUUCGAAUGCCUAAAAAGUAUGGCUGAACUUAAUGCGUGGUAGAGUGAGCGGAAGUUAAUAUAAAUCUGCAAAAGGCUCUUGUGUUGACAGUGUGUUCUUACUUUAGUCGAGUCCUACUGCCAAAUCCCAAAGCCGACGUCUCCAGAGCAGAUUAUUUUUGGGUUUUAUAAAAGUUUUAAAAGCAUUACUUCUUUGUCUAUUGUUUUACACCCUUUUACCUGAAAAUAACGGGGCUACGUUGUGUUGGGCCGAUUCGCUCUUUAAAACAACAUGCAAAUAUCUUAUAAACGAAUUUCAGCUACAAGUACUUUAAACUGCCGCAGCGAACUUGAACUGCUCGACAAAUACUGCAGCAAUCUGGUGUUUUCUGGGAUUUAGUGCUAAUUAUGGCAUAUAGUGCUGAUAAGGGUUAAGCUUUGCCUAGGCUCCCGCAGUCGCUAAAUAACGUCUUACAUUUAUUUUUCUAUUAUAAACAGGCAGUCAAGAUUGUUGUUCGCGGGCACCUGCAACCUGUGUGUCUUUUCCCAUUGUCCAGAAUCAUUGUAGGAUCUUUGUUAUUUUGUUGGAUAAAACAAUAGUAAUCUUAUGAGACAUUUAGAUGGUGUGAAAGGAGGUUUAAAGGAAGGCCAUUUUCAGUUCCAGGAGCUACCACACGCAGUGUCAGACAUCAUGCAAGAGAUUAACGUGACUUUUUGCUACGCUCUCUGAAAGCCAACUCCAAUUAACAAAGAAAUGAAUUUAAAUCGUACAUACUUGGCUCGUCAGACAAAAAAUGGUCGGAGGAUGUUACUCCCAGGAAGUUUCAUACCCCUUUUUAAGAUCGCAAGUCUUGCAUACUUCCGCCAAAGGUUUGAGGGAACUGUCUGGAAAGAUUCAAAUAAAGGGUUUCUCGCGGCUUUGCUGAUUGCGUAAGAAUAGCAUACGCAAAAACAUGUGAUUAAAAAAACAGAAGCAAAGACAGUCCCCCAUUUUCUCGGUUUCACCUAGCAAAUACGAUCUAAGUAACAAAGCUGUCUCAAACCUGUCGGUGGUCGAUGAUGUUUUAAAAGGGCAGCGCCGUGGCGCCGGACGCUAAAAUGGUCAUUCAUGCAAAAAUAGGUCAGAAAUAAUUUUAGUGGGGACCGAGAGUACCUGUGUGACCCUCACAUAUUAGUAGUGUUUACCAAGCAUACUGGGUUUCAAAAUAGUAUUGCCAGUUAUGUUAAAGCUGUCAGCGUCAAAAAUGAACGUUUUUUUGAAAAUCAUCAUGGCUCCGUCAGCUGCGAUCUGUUUUCGCUCAAUUGAAUUCUCGCUUACGAAACUGUGCGCCAAAAUUGUUUCUCCCGUGAAAUAAAAUAUAUUUCUCCCUAGCAACUGUUCAUGAAGCCAGGAACUCCCGCAGAAAUGAUAAGUGGGGAUGUAUGCUGUUUGUGAACUAUACUUUAGCACGGUAUUUCACUCGUCCGAAAAUAUUUCCGCUUACAAAUUUCCAGUACUGGCAAUCAGCCAAUUUACAUCCACAAAGAUGGUUAGUAAGAGAUCCCCUUGUAUUAGGAUCAUUUUAAGUACUUACCUUCAAAACGGAACUUACAUUAGGUGGGCUAACCCAUGAAAUGUAAGCCGAAAUUCCGAAAUGCGUUUGUGUUUCGAAAAGAAUAAGUAAGGAGGGAGGUAAAACUGAUCCUCAUGCAGCAUAAUAUUUUAAUAGUUCGAAUACCUUAGGAUGUCAGCUUUCGAACGAACUUCUUUCUAGUUGCAUGCAAAAGCUAUGCUCUGUAAAAAUGACUACUUAAGUGUCGUAAAUUUCUUUUACUGCUAUUCGACGCCCUUAAAAUUCCAAUCAUAUUUUAUAUAAAACAAUGCAUGAAAAUAAUUAUUCUUCCGCUCAUUCGAUCGAAAAUUAAACCUUCUUCCAAAUUUCUACUCGAAGAAAUGGUAUAAUUCGGUUUUAAAAAAGUCUCUAAUUGUGAGAUUUUUUAAUACUGUGAAAUGGCCGUUCAUGAAUGCUCAUGUUUCAGCAUUUGUCAUGUUGUCUUGUAUAGUUAACAAUAUGACUCAAACCCACUGAUAAAUUUUAUGAAUCUUUAUAUAAUCUUCUCUUAAUACCGUAGAGACAUUUAUGGUUUUCAGGACGCGGAAGAUAUACAGCUUGUACUUUGUAAAUCCUGAGUGCAAGUGUAAAAUUAGGUCGGGUCCAAAAUUGAACAGUUUUGAAAACUGAAUUAUACCCUUCCUUUGAGCAUAAUAUUGGAAGAAGGCGCAGUUUGCUACCGAAUGAGCAGAAGAUGCAAUAUGUUUAUGCAUUUUUCCAUGAAUUAUAAUUGAGUACUUAAGGGCAGUAAAAAUUAAUGAGAAAAAUACAUGUUACAUUAGAAGUUAUUUUUAAGUGCAGGAUUGUUUGCAUGCGGCCAAAAAGGUCGUUCAAAGACCGGUAUCCUGAGGUAACUGCUUUAUUAUAGAAUUAUGUUGCAUGACGAUUAGUUUUACAAUCCUACUCAGUUAAUCUUUUCGAAACGACAAUGCAUUUUGGAACUUAGGUUGACAUUUGAUGAGUCAGCUCACCCCCUGUAGGUUGCAUUAAUUAAUGGAAUGCAUCAAUUCACAGACAUACGAUGGAUGCGUAGUCGGGGAGCUAAUUUCUGUUGAUGAGAAUGAGAACUUAAACUACACGCUACGUCAAGAAAAACCCAAAAGUGCAGAGUACUGCCAAACAGCACGCAACAUUCUUUCAUGCAGAGUUGGAGCAGACGGCAAUAUAAGGAACGCAAUCGCGGAGGGCCAGUCUAAGAGAAACCACCAGUAAUAAUUAUGCUAAAGCCUUGUCACAGCCUAAGAACAGAGAAGUUAAUGUUAACUUUAGAUGUACAAUUUUCAGACUCCAUCUAGGGCUUAUUGCCCGUCCGAGGAAUGGCGCGUACAGGAUACCCUAUGUAAUGGUUCGUACAGUCAAAAUGGGAAGCAGAAAAAUGGGUUCAUUUGUUUUUCGAACUCACGCAAUUCCUCUUUUUAAACGGUCCGCGGGCACGAUGGAUGCUGAUAGGAAUUCGAGAAGCAGCAGACCUUUUUUAUUUAAGCAGAAAUAAAGCGGGGCUGAAGUUUGAAUUAUGAGUAGGUCAUGCGUUGCCAAUAGUUUCGACAACUACAAACAGAACUGUUAGGUACAAGUAUUUAACCAUCACAUAGAAACCUUAAGAAGACACAUUAGACAUGGAUUUACAAGUUUGUCUCGGAACUGUUGAGAAUAAUUUGUCAUUUUUCAUUAGAGUUUGCGAUAUAGCUGCAUAGUUUAUUUAUUUGGUAAAACUCCAAAUCAUGCAUAUCAUAAACGCAACUUAUUUCAGCAUAAUGUCACCGCAGUUACCAUUUAGACCAAAGACUGUUUUAUGCUGAUUUUCGUAGCCUGAUGCUUCAACUGCUCCAUCGCUACCUCGAAAACGUUUCCGUUGGUGCGCAUUGUCAUCUAGUGUAUUUGUGAUCCCCACAUUAGAUAACCUCAUUAGUUGUAUCUGAUUGCGUUUAACGCUUACUGGAGGAUUUCUUGAAUAGCUUCAUCUUUUGUUAACGUUAAAGGAUCAAGGAAAAUACAAGUAACACGUUUCUUUUCAGCCAGCGAGUGCCUCUGCCUGACAUAUUUGAGGGAUAUUUACAUGGAUUUGAAUUGAAUCACGAGUUAAGUUAUUUUCCUAUAGAAUACUGUGGUAAAUUUAUUACUUCAGUUUUACUGCCACAUGCGGUAUUAUAUGAGGCCAAAUGGCCUAGUUCUAAGUUAAACUGAAGAGAUGUUUUAAAAAGCAUUAGGGUAUGAGGGACAUAAGUCUGCUGACAGAAAAAUUCAUUUGUUUUCUGCUUGCUGUCAAAAGUUUUUUUUAUUAACAUGUGUACAUGCCAGUGAAUAUUUAUGUGUUCGGAACACGCGUUUACAACAGGGUUUAUUUGUACAAGAAUUCCAAAAAAGCAGGUCAACCGUUAAGUAUAUCUGACUGUUUUAACAUAUUUAACCGGAGUAAAAUGUUGACUUGUUUAAGGUAAUUAAAGACAUAUGCAUGUUUGAUGCUCUACCAACAGACACCAUAUCGGAAAAUCAGAUUUGCUCAUACUUAAUAUUUACUGCAUAAUUAAUCCGUCCUCUAAUCUGUUGAUGUAGUGAAACGGUGAUAUCUGGAAAAUCAAAUAAAUCGAAAAAGAAGUUGACUGAAUGCUUAGCUCAUUUUACUAAUAAAACGUCCUGAAACUCGAUACUUAAAGUCAGCUGUGAAAGAAAAUGUAAAGCCGCUCAUAUGAAAGGAAACAGGGAUAAAGCUCUGAAGUUGUCACCUGCUUUCGCAUUGGUCAGGUGAACGGGUUUGAAGUUCUGUUCAUAACAUGACCCCAAAAACGUGCCACUUAAUCGAUGUAUCUUAAUGACAUCUAAAAAGAUGUCGAGUAAAUUGAAUCCUGAGUUAAACUUGCCAGCUAACUAAGCACAUAUAUAGUAGUACAUAGUGGGGAAGCAAGCUUAUGACGUCCGGCUACCGAACUUUGAGUGAUUUUUUUUUGAACUCUUCACACGCUUUAGACUUUGCUCAUUAGCUGGAUACCUUCCUGAGUUCCCCUUUUUGGUGCAGAAUAAGUUCUUAAAAAUUUUGUUCACAAAAUUUACACUGUGGUUGGAAUAGAGCACUAUCCUAUAUUCCGACAAUUUCUUGUGUUAGUAAUUGCCAUAAACUUUUGCAUUGCUCUCAGCUUAGAAACAAGCUUUGAUGAUUUUUAAUUGACUUAAAUCUGGCGAAGUUAGAUGUAAAUAAUUAUGCUAUUUCCGGAACCAUAGGAGACAUAUCUUCCUUAAAAAUUCUGGUUUGUACAUCAGUGUAAUUAUAUUGGUUUUAGUAUACCAGUAUUUUCCGGCAUAUGCAAGUAACCGGGAACCUGUGGAACACAUUAUGUACUUGCAUGUUUCUGCAAUAGGUUUUUUAGGGACAAACUGGGAGUGAAUAUAAGCAGAAAUGGAAAGUAGCGUCGGGAAAAGCGUCCGCAUGCAUCAGGAAAGUGCAAAAGCUGUCAAACUGGAGUAUGCAAGCAUUCCCCUUUUACGAAAGUUGCCAAUGCUGGUAGAUGUACGGCACUUGUGCUAGCUCAUGAAAGGUUAAGCGAAGUUAGGUUAUUUAUUUUCGAGUAAAGAGGCUUUCUCAAGGGGAGCUGCCGUCUGAUUAUCUUGUGGCAUAAUCUAAAACUACUCCAAUCGCACUAAAAUAGCGACCACUUUGUCGGCUUUUUUUUGGCCGCCUGGAAACAUUUCAAUUGUAAAAACUACUAUAGUGCGUUUUGCCUAUCUAAUUUCAAUCCGUUUUACAGAAAAUAAACACAAAAGUAUUAUUUCUCCUUCAGAUCUGGUAGGACAUCGCAUUACUUCAAACUGUAUACUCGAAGAAUAGCUAUAUAUAGAUUGUGAAAAUUCUCAAUUUCUGAACAAUUUUAAACUCGACCUGAUGUUUUAGUUGUAAGAAGGUAUUCAGAAGCGCCUUCUGGAUACUUUCUAGGUGAGAGAAAAUCAUAAACAGUUUUUUCAUAAAUAUGGAUUGUGUUGAAUUCUUCAUAUGUAGAAGAAUUAAUCAGGAUAUAUGAUGUUGUGUGAAUGGGCAUUUUAUGGUCCUAAGGCUGGAGAAUACCCCAUCAUCAACGGCAAAAUUCAAAUUAGUUUGGCGAUCAUUUCAUACUAGUUGUGGGUUUCCCAGGCGAUCGGAAAGAAACACUCCAAACCAGUGUCCUGUCGUGACUGAAAUAUAUUGAGGCGUGCAGCUCGAUAAGCAAUAUUUCAGCUCUGUCCAAGUUACCCUUUCUACCCGUUAAUACAUACUGGGAUAUCUGUUAACAUUUCGUCAGAUAGGUUAGGGACUGUAAUCUUACAUCACAUGCCUUCAUCGUUUGAGUUUUAUCUUCCUACUCUGCAAACAGUAACUCUUGCGACAGGACUUUGCUAUUCACAUCUAUUCAACAAAAGUGGCUUAAGAAGCUUUACGAGAUAUGCGAAAAAACUCGCAGGUUGCUGAAUAUUGAAGACUUCACGCGACUGUCCGGAUUUAGAUAAGACCUACCUUUUCUUGCUGAAGAAAUCAGUGAGUACGUAAAAGAAAUCCGCACAAGUUCGCAAUCACCGGUUUAGCGGCGGAACUGGCCAAAAAAAGCUAGGAAAGAAUGUCUUCUCCCAGCAUGAACGCGUUUUGGCGUCGUUACUGUAGAAUUUUAACGAGCUACUCAUCUCAAUUUUCCGAACUAUACAAUUCCCGAGAGGAUAGGAGUGUUAGCUCUCCUUUCUUCGUAUGUCUGUUGGAUAAAGUGCUAGCGGGGAAACCGAGACAACGCCACAUACAGUACUUGGGCUAACUCAUGAAAUAUCGGCCGAAAUUUUGAGAUGCGUACUCGUUUGGAAAAAAUUUAUUAUGGUUACAAAAAUAAUUAACUUCUAGCAUAAAUCUAUAAUGAUCCAGUUACCUCAGAUGUUUUCCUUUAAACGAACUUAUUUCUGAUUGCAUGCAAGGUCCAUACUCGGCAAAAAAUGACAAUUUAAGUAGCAUGCAAUUUUCUCAUUGAUUUUUGAUGCCAUUAAAAUUUCACUUAUAGUUCAUGAUAAGACUGCACAAACAUAUUCAUUCUUAUAUUUAUUCGAUAGAAAAUUACGUCUUCUUUCAAUUUUAUACUCGAAAGAGGAGCAUAGUUCGGUUUCAAAAAAGUUUCUUACUAUGAAAUUUAGUAAUACCGUGAAAUGGCCGUACACAAAACGUCAUAUAUCUGCAUUUACCAAUGUGGCCUGUAAAGUUAACAAUACUGCUCAAAUCUACUGCUCAAUUUUAUAAACCCCAUAUGGUUUCCUGAUAAUACCGUAGAGAAGUGUAUAGUUUUCCCUACACGACAAAUAUGCGGCUUGUAGUUCUGAAACCCUGAAUGCAAGUAUAACAGCAGGUUGGGCUAAGAAUUAUUCGGAACUUCAAAACGGUUUUUUUAAACUGAAUUAUACUUCAUCUUCGAGUAUAACAUUGGAAUAAGACGUAAUUUGCUAUCAAAAAAAUAAAGAAGUGAACAUUUUAUGCACGGUUUCCAUGAAAUAUUAUUAAGGGAAUCGAAAAACAGUGAAAACGUUUCAUGCUACAUAAGUAGUCAUUUGUUGCAGAGCAUAGUUCUUGCAUGCAAUCGGAAAUACGUUCCUUUGAAAGCCAGCACUCUGAAGUAUCUGGAUCUUUAUGGACUUAUGCGGCGGUUAUAAGAAGCGCUAACCGAUCGUUCUUACGGAACUCACUCGUUCCGUUGUGUCUUAUGGACUCUCUCUCUCCAACCCAACCAGCAGCAGCAUCUGUAUGUUCUCAUUUUUCAUAGCAAUUAUCUGGUAGCCCAUAAGUUAUGCUGUAUGAGAACGAUUUUCAAACGACUUUAGCCUCACUGUAUCAAUCAAGAAGAAAAAUCAUAUUAGUCGUGAUACUUCGGCAAAUUAUUUGUGAGAAAUAUCUAACUAAAGGCGUUUGUGGGCCGAUUCCUGCAUGCUAUUCCCUAAAAAACUCAAAAAGAACACCACCGAAGAUAUCGUAUACCUUGCCAUGCACUCAGGACGAUUCAGGGGCGAUUAAACGCACUGCUGUUGACUAGGAAUCGGAAAGACACGCCGGUCCAAAGCUACGUUGCCAAUAGGUUCAUGAAAAUUAAGUAAAAGUUGAAGCCCAGCAAGCAGUUUGAUGUAGCGCGUCAUAAUCCGCGCCUAUGCUAUCCUUAGAAUUUAAUUAGUCGGAUUGAACGCAUGCCAGGAUUGCGUACACAUGGGCAAAAUCUGGUCAUGCGACCGGGUGGCGAAUUAUUACAAGUGGCCGUUCCCACCUUCAUAACGGCCCAUGAGUUUAAUUUUGCAAACAUCGUGGUCAUUGCGCAUGCCGGGAAUCGACUGAAAGUUAAGCCUUGGAUAAGAACUCAAGCAAUUGGUGUAUCGAUCUUUCGCCGUCAUAGAGUUCGGCGCGGUCACCUCCAGACCUACGUCACUGGUUGUUGGUUAGACAAUGUUGUUUAUAGCUUCCACUUGUUCUAUUAGCACUAUCCUCCUUAAAAAUAGACGUCUGCGAGGGUUCGCCACAUUAAAAUGAUAGGCAAAUUGUUUCGAUGCUCGACUAGUUUCUUUCAUUACCACAUAACACUGGAAGUUGGACAUUCACCUUCAUAUUGAGACAUUCUAAACUAUCCUACUUUGGAUUUCGAUCUAGUGUACAGGAUUCCACAAUCUUUAUUCGUAAUGGUACAUAGUUGAAAAACAGCAGUCCACGCACUUCAAAAUUUCGCCUAAUGUGAUUUUUUAGAUAUUUGAAUUGUAGAGAACUCGUUACAAAUUCAAUGUUCCUCAGUUUCAUGACAAAUUAAGGUUAUGGCACAAUGGGAUGAGUGAUUUCCGUGGAAGCAAUCGGUGAGCGCCCCUCUAUGAUUGUCUACUUCCAACCUUGACCGACAAGACAACGAGCUCGUGACUCAGUGAUUAAAGGCGUUUGACUUUUAACUAGCAGGUCGCGAGUUCGAGCCCCAGGUGUCCCACACUUCGGGAUUGGCUGUGACUGGCUGAUGACUGCUAAUAAGUCACAAAUGGUCAUUCCAGUCUCCCUUGUUUUGAUCGGUAAUUCAAAAGAAAAUUUGGCCAGCAUACGUAAGCGUUCGAUAAAUUAUCAUCGGACUUAUACAGUUAUAUUGUUAUCGAAGUGAUGAAAGAGUAAAUGCGGACAAACAGAAGUUUUUCUGUAGCUGGGGUUCGAGGGGGGUGUCUGGGUGGGUGAGGUGAAAAACAAAAUUACCGAAGGAGGAAUUGGCGGGCACUGAGACGGGUAAUCAUACGCAGGUGGCUGGCAUGGUGGCUUUAACCAAUGCAUUGUCGAUAAUAGCAUUCUGCAAAUAAAGAUUGUUUUGGCUGGUCUCCAUUGCACUUGUACUUCGUCCCUCGGCGAGGUUUGGAGAAAUAUAUCGAACAACUUAUAUUUAUACUUAUUUACUCAGAACGGUCAGGUUGGGUAAUUAUGUAAACAAUUUCGUAUAUAUAUAUAUAUACCUUAAAAUCAGCGGCAGCAAAUUAUUGAAGUAUACAUGUAGGUCCGUCCAACUAAUGAUGCCAUAAAAUCUGGCAGUGACCUAUCCUGACCAUCUGGGCAAAUUUGUAGGUUUUUUCUACCGGUCAACAUUGCCGCGAAAGGUCAUAUGCAUUUUUAAAUAGCGGACAGCCCCACGUCCUCUUGGGUUACUCAUGUAAAGUAUCAUUAAUUCACAAAGUGCUGACUUCAAAUUUUGAAAAUGUUUUCAAAUAAAAAUUAUCUCUUAAACGAGUCAACAAAUUGAUUUUUACCGAUCACUAGCCCAAACCACUUCAUGCAAGUCAAGAAGCUCUCCGUUAGUCAAGCAGCUUCCUGGAUGCCUGUGAAAACAUUAUUCAAAUUGCUCAUCAAUAAAGUGCUACUUUUAAUUACUUUGAUGCUUAAUUAAGUUGCAUUUAUUUACAAUAAAGAUGGGCAGUAAACUCAACGUAUGCAUGCUUUAGGAAAACUGGCUUCUUCUGUCAUUUAUAAAGGUGUGAUUCUUUCUCAUAAGUUCUCAAUUGUGCUAAUUUUCGGAACCUCAACUGACUCUUUUUACAGGAACUAUCUUCACACUGCUGGCCUUCUGCAGCAAACCACACGAGAGUUACGCUGGGCCAAUACGGGAGCGAUGUCUGAGCACGGCAUGUGUUAUUGGACUGCACACUCAUAGCAAAUGUAAUGUGUGCGGGUGUGGUGAAGCGCCUAGGCGCAGACUCCCGCCGCGCCAGCCUCUCGCGACGGAUACCGCCUGCGGUCUUAUUUAAUUUUGUCUUGAUACCGGACGCAGGAGGAUGGGGAAAGAGGGAGUGCGGUAGACGCGGCGUAAGCCCAAAAUCUCCAUAAACUAGUUCAUGCGCACGUCAUUGUGCCUGCGCUGUUGGGCAGACAGUGAGCAUCGCCGGACUCUACGAUCGAAUUGUCAUGUACACAUUCAGUAAUGUUAACUUCAAAGUACUGAAGGUUGUUUAUGUUUUAUUUUAGAAGUUGGUUCGCUCAUCAGGUUACGGAAAAUACUCUUUCCAUUGUGCCCGGAAGCCACGUAAUCAGUCGCGCAGCGACCAACCAUAUUGACCGCAACAACAGAUAUCGGGCGUAAGACGAUCGCUAAAUAGCGACGUUAAAACAUAUCUUAUUUUAGUCUAACGCACAUAGCACGAUAAAAACUUUCAAUAUUUCAAAAUUUUGCCGAGAUCAUAAAACGUUUACAAGACAUCAAUAAAAUAUUUCUAAUUUUUAAUUUUCAGGGCUACGCGAUCAUACACAUUUUACACGUUAUUUCUAGAGAGUAGCAUUACAUUUGAGAGGUCAGUUCAAAUCAAUGUAGAAAAUGUAUUAUUUCACUUUUAUGGCUGCGAUAUAUCUAUAGGUCUGAAACAAACUCCGUUCAAUGUUUAAGACAUAAGCUGGAAAUUGCUGUUCAAGCUAUUUGUCGUUAUGACCCCAAUAAAAGGCAUUGCAGACGGGAACGACUGCAUCGUACCUUCGAAAAUUCACUGCUGACUUUUCCGUUUUUUAUUUGAUCGUGUGACCUUUGAGCGCAAUUAUAAGUAUUCAGCACAGCUGCUGAAAAUACGGUGUUUAUCAUUAGUGCUGAAAGGUAUAGGUCAGUCUUCAGGGACUUUUGCAUUGCUGCUGCUAUUUGAAAACAGACAAAUGCCGUUCGCGGUAACAUGCUUUUCAUCUUCUUCGACUUCAAGGAUGGUAAACUCAAACAAUGAUCGAACAUUCGCAGGCAUUUAAAAAAUGUCUCCAUUCUCUAUUAGGGCGUCCUAGUCCGAAACCCGCCUGGCAGAAUAUGAAUUCUUUAACGAAAGUCUUCUUGGCCCUCUGGGAAAAUGGAGUUCAUUUUCUGCGCACGUUGCGUAUUUACCUUGCUCUGACCUCUCUUUCAUUGGGAUACCCAAUUCUAUUUGAGAAAUCCAUUUAACAAACACGUGUUUUCGGUAACUUGUCAUCGGGCCAAAGCAGUCACAUAGAAGUUGCAAUUAUGCGAAGUUACAGAGUGUUUAAGUGAUUUAGGGUUUAUUAACACUCGUCGUCCCCACGCCACCCAUCGUUCCCACGCCGUUUCCACCGAAAACACGUAUUUGCCAAAUUGACUUUUCAAAUGUAACAUGAGAAUAUUCGCUGAACAAUCCUAUUUUGUUCAACAGCUCUAGUUAUGCUGUCUAAAAGGCAUCUACAAGCAAUCGACUCGGCAUAUCUAAGACACGGCUAGCUGCUAUGGUCAAGCAUCGCGCUUGCCGCAAUUUGGCUAAAUGCUUUUUCGGGAAUUGACGUGUGCACCUCCUUGGGUUGAUGAACAAAUGAAUUCCACUGCUUUUUUAAGCUAUCUCGGCAAAGAGGUAUUCUGUUUUUCGUUAUUCAUGCAGGUUGCAUUCCAUUCGGUUUGGCAUAUGCACGAGUACUAAGCUAUAAAUUAGCCGUUUUGAAAAUAUUUCCACGGCAUUUCCAGAUACUUAUAAGCCUAUCUCAAAAGUAGUCAUUAGGAGGAUUAUUGGGAGCAAGCAUUUACCGUGUUUUCAGCCGAUGCAAGCAUUCCUGAAGUCUGUAUUUAUUCUGAUAAGACGGUUGAGGUAAGGCGUGUGCAAUCUGUGUACGGCCAGUAGUUUAAACCCUAAAAACUGAACAAACAAAAACACGCUUUUACGGAAAAGACAUCUCUUUUAAGACCCUAUUAAUAUGGACUCAUAGUUUAAAAUAACCCGUUCCAAGAACAAGCUAAAUUUGCAAUCCCUCUUGCCAUAUUGCAGUCAAAUUUUUAUCGCACAUUCGCAGGAGUACUGAUUAGAUCACAUAAAUGUCAAAAACAAAUGGAAUGCAUGAUAUCGAAAUGGUAGUAACAAAAUUAGCGUGUGCGUUGUCAUAAAGAUGUGCGGUGUCAAGAGCGAAUCACGCAGGGCAAACAAAAUAUCGAAGCACGCAUGUAUCUUGUAUGCGUAUUUUCGCAUCCUAUCUAUGUCAUGUAUUUUACGGCAACUUCACAUGAGUAAUAUUUUUUUCUUGAAAGCCCCUUAAAAUGUGGGUACAGAUCUGCGUAGUUUUAAUGCACGUUAAGUUCAACAUACGAUGCGAUUAUAUUUAAUGGAUUCAACUACUUUCCUCAUCCCCGUGAUUGCUACUCGGAUCGCCUGGCGUCGGCUGCUUCAUGAUCGACCGAUAUGCUUUCAUUUAUACUGAAAUAAGCCAGGGAAUGUUUUUUAACGAAUCAAUGCAGACAGGGUAAAAGGUUCUGAAACGAAUCAUCCAGACUCCUACUUUUAUCGUUUGAAUAAACGGUUAGCGGAGGAGUUCGUGAUCAAAACACAACAAAUCGUGGUAUAUUAACACCCCAUGCACUGCUGUCCACAGACAGGGUGGCGAUUUUGCGCUCAAGGUAGCAGACUGAUCGCUGGCCUGUCACAAAUAUUCUUAAAGCCACAAUGGCACGUCUGACUGAAGCUUGCCCGUAAAUGCAUGCUAAGGCCAUAGUUGGAACACGACGUGUACUAGACUCUGGACAGGCAUUUAUCCCAUAGUGUUCGUGUGGGUCGAUCAGAGCUGAAUCCAUUCCUAUUAUACGCCAGUGACUAGUAAACGAGCAUUUUCAUACAUCUUCAACUGGCCAAGUUGAAUCGUACUAUAUAAACCAAACAGUGUUUAAUGUAGAAACUUUCAAUCCUUUGACACUGCGCAACAGCGUUAAUAAAAUGUCGGACGCGCAAAUGUCAUGCUCUUGUUUUAUCACCACCUGAAAAUGCACACUUCACGUGUGUUUACCGUGGCCAUCCUUCGUCAAAGCUAUGAGAUGAGAACAAGCCUAUUCUCUGGACCAGCAACUAAGUGCAUCUUGAUGAGUCCUCUCUGAAAAAUAGUACCAAGCCGAAAAGGGGGCAUCAUAUCCGCAGUAACAACGAUUUCAUUUCCAGGUUUUAAGCGCAAUUUUUUGUUUAUAACCCUCAGAGCAUAUGCAGAAUUCUCCCAAUAAUCCGCCGCAGGCGACAUAUCAUUUCCGAAGGACGGCGAAAGAUUCGGUAGUUAAGGGGACGUGACAUUUUGGAUGUAUUUUAAUCCUCUUUUUUGUUGACGUUUUAUACUUUUCAAGACUACCUUCACUUUGACUUUGGGCGACGGCUUUUCAUAUACCUGCCACUAUGACGAUGGUUUCAAAAAUUAUUGUCGAUAAAACACCACGAUGCAAACAAGCCUGACGGAAAGUGCGAAUUUACAGUGUGUUUUUAAAGUGACUGAUAGUAGGCGGGACGCUUCAUUUUAAUAAGAUAAUGGAGAUGUGAACUACAUGUGUAGUGUUUAUACAUUGAAAGAACUAGUCCUCUAUCAACACGACAUACUAAAAUUAUUUUACUAAUAUUAAUGAGUAUAGGAAAACAUGCUCAUUGACAAAUUCAUAAAAUAUUGGGGAAAGUUGCGCAUCGCCUAAAUAAAUAUCUACAUAGUCAGCUGUGUAACAUAAUUAAGGAAUGACAGGUUAGUCGAAUUCUGCUAUGUUUUGGCCGUUCAGCUCUUAGUCUCUGCCUAUAUAAACAUACUCGCCAUCUGUUCGUUUUUUAUCUCUCCGAAAUGUCCCAACCGUUUAAAAUUAGUAUUGGUGCUGCAAGUAAAAAAUGAGAUUUCAAACUUUUCUCCUGUCAAAACGUGCUUUCAGAGUUGAGAAUCGCGACGUUAUGUCAACCUGUCAUGAAACAAAUUGUGCCCUCUACCAAAAAUCUGUCCAUAUAUUUAGCAUAAUAUGAAAGGAAUAAGACAUAAAAGCUAAUGCACACAACAUGGUUCUUCCUCGUGAUUUGUAAACGGGCUUGAUUAUAUCGCAGGAGGUGAGCGAUAAAGUUAAAAUGUGCCCACUGGAGAGAGAGAAAGGAAGAGCCUAGGAUUUGUCCUGAAGUCAGCAUCUCAAAAUUUUCAGAAAACAUCCGUUCACUUUGACCAGGAUGGAAUGAAAAAAGAUGGAAAUUGAAAAUGCAAUAAAUGGCCUAUUUCAUGAAAUGCUAACAGAACAUAUGCAGUGUUUUCCUAUCAAAAGGGAUUACUUGUGUAAGGUAAUAAUAUUGACUGUCAUGCAGCUUAAUCCCAGGGUAGUUAUGUCACAAUCGGAAACCAAUUUCGAAUGAAUCCCUUAUUCGACUACAGGUAGACCUAUACUCGAACUAAAGUGAACUUGUAGGUAGCACGGAUAUUUCGAUUGAUUUUUGAUGUCUUUGGACUUUCAAAAUAUUUUUCAUGUCCUUAUUUGGUAGAGAAUAAUGUCUCCUUCAAAUUUUCUGCUCAAAGGUACGGAGUUGAAACUUAAACUCCUCAUGAUUAUGGGGCUUUUUAAGACCUCAAAAGGUCAAUUCCUAGAACAUCCUAUCUGUCCAAUAAUAAAUGCCGUUUGUGGAACAUUUAACAGGAUCCACCUCCAUUUAGAAAUCUCAGGCACAUUUUAUGACCUUCCUAACUGUGUUAAAUGCGUGACUUUCCCAAGGCGGAAAGUAUGCACUAGGUAGUCUGAAAUCCCUAAACGCAGGUGUAAAAACUGGUCAGAUUUGAAAACCACUAGGGAAGUAAAACUUUUUCAAAGCUAAAGGUUUCAUUUCUAUAAUUAUACAUUUUGAAGACGUCAUUUUCUACCAACUAAGCAUAAGAAGGAAUAUUUAUGCGCAUGUUGUGUAUGCUAUGCGUUUGAAAAUGUCCAGGCAUCAAAAAUCAAUGGGCAAUGUUUACGCUACUUGAGUGACGUGUUUUUCAUCGAGUAUUGGUUUUGUUUGCGGCUGACGAGGAUCUCAUACAAGAGUCGGUAUUCGGGCAUGACUAGAAUAUCUUGUGAUUAGGUUGCAUGAUAAUCGACAUUGCAACCACACACCAGUAAUGCUUUCUAAUCAGAAACAAGUUGCAUAGGUUCGGCUAAUAUUUCAUGAGAUUGGCCAGAUACAUAAUGUUUACAUUUCGAACACGAAGAAGUAUCUACAAACAGGGUUGACGGCAGGACUGCAUUGCUGAUGUGGUUACCCUCCUACAGCGGUCAAACCCAACCACAAUAGCGAAGUAAACAGUCCUGACUGGGUGAUGCACCAACUACUGUAAACUACAGCCGCCUAGCUGCAUUCGUUUUCCCCUACCUAAAAAAGAGUGAAGAUCCGCGGGACGCAGAUGUCGCUAUUUUCAUGCGACGCAUGAAUAAAAUGUCCUUAGAUAAAGCAUCCUAAUAAACAACAACCAGUGAAAGCUGUCUGAGGCAUAGACGUUUAUCUCUCUCAUCAUGCACAGAUGUAUGUCAAAGGUGUUUAAAAAUACGAGCAAAAUAUGACGAAAUUAGGAUCAUUGUUCCUGAACAAAUAGCGGCUGCUCUGCUUGGUUAUCAGCUGCCGCCGAUCACGGAUAACGUUCUUGAGUUGAUCAUAUUUUUCAGUCUGUUUACUGCGAAGAUGGUACGUGAGAAGAGAUCAACUUAGCACUCGAACGAGAAAUCGGUCGGUGGGCGUGUCUAUCUUCAGUAAUCGCAGGUACAUCUACGCAAAGAUCUUCGGAUUGCCGAUCAAAUUGAGUAGACUAGAUUCAAGAAUCAGUUCCGGGGAGGAUGAUGCGAUUGCAGAGACCAUUUUCAUUGAAAUAUCAGAAACAGAUAAGAGUGAUGAACGCACUUGAGACGCAGUAUUUAUAGCCUGUGAAUAAACUGAAACUACACGCCUAACAUAGUUGAUAACUCACGCAUAAACCGCCGGUUGUCGUACCCCGUGCUAUGACCGACUGGGAACAACAACAUGUAAUUAUUAGUUAAGUUAACCGUAACCCACAGCCCCACAGUAUUAGAUCAUAUGAAAUGCAUGGCUUUUUGGAAUUCCCCUCAAUGGAACUUUAUCUCUGCAGUAAGUGGGGUGUUUGUGGUAAGCGGUAACUCUCCUACAAAUGCGAAGAUGGCAUGUGAUAAGAGAUCAAAUCAGCGAUCAAAUGAGAAUUCGGUCGGUGGGCAUGCCUAUCUUCAGUAAUCGCAGAUUAUUAUCCGCAAAGAUCUUCGGAUUGCCGAUAAAAGUGAAUAUACUAGUUUCGGGAAGCAGUUCAGGGAAAGAUUAUGCGAUUGCAGAGACAACAGUUUCACUGAAAUGACGUUUCCAAUUUUGACACAAGUCCAAUAUCAGAGACAGAAGCUGAUAAGAGUGAUGAACGCACUUGAGACGCUGUAUUUAUAGCAUGCGAUUAAAUUGAAACUACACGCCUAACAUAGCUGAUAACUCACGCAUAAACCGCCGGUGCUACGACUGACUGGGAACAACAAUAAGUACUCAUUAGUUAAGUUGAUAAAAGUCAAGCUUUUGGCUGUUGCAUUCCUACAUUUAAAGGUGAAGGUCUGUGUUCUUAGGAAAGGUCAAAUACCGGAAAUAUGUUGAUGCCUUAAAUCAUGUCGAGCUGGUGCUUCCAACUAUGCACGCUCAAUGGGAUCACUAUCGCGAUUUUUCAAAAUCGGAAUUCGCAUAGAACGAGGUACGAGGCGGCCACUACAAAUAACAUGAGAAUUAUGGCCUGACACACUUUGCCUCAGCAGACCCUAUUUCCAUCUCCCUGAUUCCGCAACGUCUACAACAACCCUCACAUACUUUCCCCUGAUUUGCUCACAAGUAUAAUGGACCGUCUGCUCGAGGUUCAGGCUGAUUUCAGGCAUUUCGAACUAUAUAGAAAUCCUGUCUGAUUGGUUUUUGUUCUAAAUACCCCAAAGUGCCCCAGCUGUCAUCAGGCCGGCAUUCCUGUUUAGCAAGGAAGAUUUUAUAUCUCGAUCGCGGGACUUUUAUUCGUUCUCCACUUGGACACGGAAAUGUAAAUCCCCGUGCCGCAGGUAGCCAUUUACUAAAGACAAGAGAGUUAGACCUGUGACUGGUGUUAUUUUUAAGCUAAAGUUAGUUUUGGAAUUGAGGGUGGGAAGUUAUGGUUCCUGUCAGGGUGGAGGUCAAAGCAGAGAUAUGAGAGUAUGAAACUCCCCCCUCCCCUUUAAUUUAACAUGAGUGCACCUUUGAUAUUGGAGGAUCCACAUUUCCGUGACCGAAAAGCUCUUCAACUAUUUCCGGUCAUUGUAGAGGUUCCUACGUCUUCAGUGCUGUGAUUGGUAAUGUGUGCGCUCUCAGAAUAUGAAGACGUUUAGGUUAGAUCGCAGUUGGUAGCCAGGAAUGGGAAGCGGACUGCGACCUCAACCCUAAUCCCAACCUUAAACCUAACCCUAACCUCAACCUUAAGCGUUAUCUGUUAACCCUAACGGAAACACAAACCGUAAUAUUGAAGCCUAUUCGUACAUUCAAACCCUAACCGUAACCCGAAAACCUAAGCCCAGAUGCAUAACCCUAAUUUGAAAAUCGGAAACUAUUAACCGGCACCCUAAUCCUAACCUCAAACGUAAAACGGAAGCCAAAUGGGUCAGAUGAGAUUAUGGAGCCCCACAAAAUAGCCUCAGUAAACAAACCCCCAGCCAUCUGUAAUACGGGGUCGGGCUAUCAACUGCGAUCUAACCGACGUUUUAUCUCGAUAACAUUUCGAUCUUGAGCUGCAAGUUCAUCCUUACCACUAGAGCUUCCCCGUCAUGUGGACGAGUAAAUCUCAUCAUGUAACUAAAUCGCGAUUUUUUGAUUUAAAAGUACUGGAUUGCAUUUUUCGGAGACACAGCUAUUCAGGGCUUGGUUAUGUAGUAAGUGCAUUAUGGACAUACUCGUCUCAUUGUGCUUUGAGUCUCAAUGUUGAAUCCGCGCAGAAUGCCGCAUGCAGUCCGGUACUUAAGUUGAAACGAGUCUCGUCUAAAACAAGGUAGGCUGGAAUGACCAUUUCUGGCUUGUUUGACAGUCAAGUUGCGCCACACCUGGGCCUCAGACCUGCGUUCUAUGGUCAUCGAGUGUGAUUAAGUUCACUGCCUCGCCACUUGGACCGUUAUCCUGUCGGUUUUUGUCAGGCAUAUUAAUUACGCAAUAUUCCCCCCUGUUUUGCCUUAUCACUCAAAGCAGGGGGCUCGUAGGCAGCUGCAUAGCGACCAGAAAGCCAGGAUCACACUUUUUUACAUUUGCAGUUGGCUUUAGUGCAGGAUUUGAAUAAGUGGGAACAAUGCACCCUAUCCGCUUUAAGCUCAAUUCCACACUGCUGUACAAAGAAGACACGAUCUCAAGCAUCAUCUGCUUAUCACCUUGACACACGCAUAAUGUAGGGAAUGUUUCUUGGCUCAAAGCAGUCAGUAAAUUGGAUGACAAAAACGGGUACAGAUAUCACGCAUAGCGUAGAAAGAAGAGCAUAAUUCAAUCCACUUCAAUACCCAUAUUUCCCGACUGUUGAGGUUCUCCCUUCAACAAUGCCACCCAAGUAGGUUCUCGUUCCUUUGAAAUCAAUCUGCGACAGGUUGACUAUUAAAAACCAGCGCACUUUGUCGUCCCAUGUUUAUUUGGACCAUGAGAUGAGCUUGUGUCCCGAACUUCCCAUCGUUCACUUCCCACGGUUAACUCUACCAGUAAGUACGGUCUGCAUGCUGACGAGUCACUUCCGGUUUGAAACACGAUCGGGCCUUAAACCGCCUGAAUGUGAGCGCGGUGGAAUCGGUAUGGUCUUUUUUGCGGAAGAGCAGGUGAUAGGGACAUUUUUGUGACAUGCGUAGGUUUGUCUAGUCUUCCAACUUGUACAUCCCAUAUCUCGUCAGACUUGUUUUGGUCAUUUUGCUAACCCAUGUCGCGAGUCACUCCGUCCGCACAUGCUGUUUAUCGUCCAUCCCCUACCGUGCCGCUCAUCACCCACAAUGCGAUGUUUGUUCCGGACAGUCCACAAAACAACGUCUCAUAACAUAUUUAUAAUAAACAUUCUUUCCAAGUUAAUUAGACGUCUGGAAAUUCGAUAUCAGUAAUUACAGUGUGUCUGCCUUUUAAGGGGAUGCAGCAAGCGACCAAGUAAGACGACGCCUGAAGACAACGACCACUAUUGUUUUCCCUGUAGCGAAUUUACACGUAUGUUUCAUAAACCCUCCUCUCCUAUGCUUGGAAGAAAAAGACCGGCUAUCGUCGCAAACCACAUCGAUGUGUAUUUACUAAAUCACUUGCUCCUGUGGGUUGGGAUACAGAAGCCUGGAAACGUAAGCACGUAACACAUACCGGCCUGGCUAGACAGAGGUGAAAACAGAUCGAUUUUAAAUUCUCUUCUCGCACAUCUUAUCGAUACGAAUCACCGAGUCGCUACCAAAGAUGCCUUUCAUGUUGUCUACCGGACUCCAACAAGCUUCUUCAGAGUCCUAAAAAAAACGUACGUGAGCUACAGUCGAGGCAGUGUCUAUACGACUAGCGAAUCCAGUGCUAUGCUGUCAGAAGGCGCUCUGUCUUCUGUGACCAAGGCCAACCCCAGUUAGUCAUUACAUGGCGUCUCAGCCCUUUGACAAGAGUGAUGUGAAGUCCGCGUACCCGAUUUACAAGCAUCACACAUGGGUUAUCCCAUUCCCUCCUUUUUCCAGUGGUCAUAACGCGCCGACCUCGUCAUACGGGUGGAGUGGGAGCGAUAAGUGUUAAUAACCCCUAAGACACUUAUAAACCUUGUGAACGUCUCAUAUUUCCAAUUUAUAUGUGACUGCAUCGGCCUGAUGAUGAGUUACCGAAAAUACCCGCCUACUAAAUUGACUUUUAAAUUUUAUUGUUGGAAGGAGCACUUUUACUCGGAAAGUGAUAACCGUCAGUUAGGUCCGACAGACCAUUAUUGGCUAUUUCAAGUUACCCACGAUGGAAUAAAUGCAUUCCCAUAUACAAAAAUUUUAUGGUGAAUAUAGCUCACACACCAGCUACUGUAAAGCCAGAAGUAAAGGGGUGCUGUUCCCACGGAAUACUAAGACUGAGCUGUUCGUAGGCUGGUCUGUGAUACUCCGCAGUCGCAUCUAAGAAAGGAGAUUGGAGGACUGCCGGACAGUAGUAUAUCAUGUGAAAUGCAUGGCUUUUUGGAAUUCCCCUCAAUGGCACUUUCUCUCUUCAGUAAGUAAGGUGUUUGAGGUAAGUGGUGACACAUAUCUAAAUGCACUCUGUAUUUAGUGCUUUAGAUUCUGAUGUCCUUCAACUUCUCUGAUACUUAAGAUUUAACGUAAGCCAUUUGAUAUGAACUCGCGCUGGAAUAUUUUGAGUAAUAAAAUCAACCGCCGUAGUCAUGUUGGCAGUGCGUUUCGGGCAGUUACCUUUGAGUUCAUUGGGAAAUCUAGCACUCUUUAAUUUUCUCAGACAUUCUGCAGGUUCUGAGUCAGUUGCGCCUGUUUCAUCUUUCUUCUCUGGUUCGUCUAGAACAUUGUUCGGAUAUAUGAGAAAAGGUUCAGCUAUGGAAAUGUAAACUGGUUUCUUCGAAUGAAAACCUGUGUUAUACGCCAAUAUGUAAAAUUAGAAUAUCUCUAUUCUGACGCAGUUUCCAUCUCUACUUAGGUGUUCCUUUGCAGUGGAUUUGUCGCAGGGCUUCAAUUAUAAUGAUACCCCAGCGACUACAACCUUCAGGAUCUAUCCCGUACAUAAAGAGAAGGAGUUGGACACCAGUUACAUGAUUCUUGUACUCCGUGCAGAAUAACUGGAGAAGGGGAAAGAGAGUGCUGGCAGGCGGACGAGGGUACGUCCGGCGCCGAGAGAACGGCAUCCCGGGUGCUAGCGUGCUCCGCCGUCGUGCUCUAUUGUUAAGUUUUCUUAACGUUCAAACAUAUCUACAUUAUUUACUGCUCAGUUUUACUUGCUGCUUUUAAGGCUAGGGGCUCCUGAGACAUAACUCGAUAGUUCGUGAGAACAUUACCAUUUACGACAAAACUGCCUAGGAGGGUCCCUUUAUUCAAAAACUAAUCUUCCAGAUUUCGGGUUGUUCUUAUUGCGGUCGUAGUCUGUUCACUCGGUGCUUGAUUUGCUUGGUAAAAUAACUUGGGCGUCCAUUGGUCCGAAAGAGGUCAUGAAGUAUUGUCGCUCAGCUUCUUCGCCGGCUGGCGGGCUGCAGUGCGUUUCAACUCUUUGGAAAAGAGUACAGACACUACGCGGUUGUGAGAGAUGGGGUGCUGGUUGUAGUAUUUGUCUUGUGUUGGUGGCUUUUCUGUAAACGGUAGUUUUCAGUUGGCCAUUUGCACACCGGUGCACAAGUAUAUUGAGGAAGGGGAUUUGAUCGUCACUUUCAGUUUCCAUUCCGAAUUGGAUAUUCCGGUCAACCUCCUCCUCUUCGUCUUCCCUCCUCAUUCCUCUUGGUUUAGUAUUCGUUUCAGAUUGGUGAUGAUCAUGUGGUCACCAGGAUAUAAUCUGCAUCUGCCUUUGGCGUCCUAGCGUCUAUUUUAGGAAUUGUUUCCUUUACUGCAUAAUUUUAUGCUGUGCGGUCUGGAGGACGACUUCAAACGUUGUCGGAAUUCGGAUGUGUGACGUAAUCCGUAUCUGCGUGGGCGGUAUGUAAUAGAAUCCUUAAGGAACGACAGUUUUCUCGUUUAACAGCCGCACACUCGCCCCCCCGCCCCCCCAGUCAGGUUUUACGCAACACCAUGUUCAUCUUUGCUGAUAACCAGAGCAAACAGUACCGUCAUUCUGAUAAAGGACCACGUGACUACGCGGUCUUACUCUAGAAAGCUGACGAACGCUACAACCCUUUGAACUGCUCGAACCCGUCGCACUGUGAACGAUUUUCUCUGAACACCUGAGUGCGGAAGACGACCAUCAGUUCAGUCAUGAAUCGAGAGUUCUUAGAAAAAAAAAGUCCCCCAUUUCAAAGUUAUUAUGACCGAUAAUAGUCGACUGCUGGCAAACUGGAAAUAAUAAGUUUUCAUUUUUACUCACCAGCCUCAACUUUGGGUUACUCUGGAAGUCCGUACGUGUGAGAGCGCAAGCAAAGCUUUGCCACUGGUUGCUACUGAAUUGCGUACUCCCCUGUUUAUGAAAUAAGCUCAAAAUGUCGGUUAAAAAUGCCGCAAGUUGCAAUGAAUGUCGGACAGAACGCCUCCUCGUCGUCUCAAAUAGGAGGCAACAAUCCUAAACCCCGCAGGAGGAACCUUCAGGCACGAAUACGAUUGAACGUAGAUUACAUAUUGGCGACCGAAUGAACAUUAAUCUGAAAUGACUGCAAACCCCGGAGAAAUAAGAAGAAGAAGAAGAAGAAGAAGACGAAGAAGAAGAAGAAGAAGAAGAGGGCUUAAGGAGGAGGAUGACGAAUAAAAGAAAUUGUGGAACAGCCCCCAUGCUGCUGCUCUGGGAGUCUUUUAAUUCCCACACUUGCAACAUCUGGACUGGAUUGACGACGAAAAACCUCAAUACGGUCCGUGAGGGAAAAUUUAAUUGCACACAACAUACGCCAACUACUGGGCGGUUACAAGCGGAACCGCAUACGUCCGAUGCCGAAACCAAAUGCGAUAGAGACUGCAGAAAAUAGGAAAUAGCUGGCUACACUGCAUUACCGAAAAUGUCCAAGGAUAAACAAGCUGCAGUGAAACAUAAAAGGCUAUCACCCUAAACCGAGGGGAUUGAUCGACAAUUGGCUUGGAUGCUACGUUUUCCGGCCAGAUUCUUAAGCAUUGGGUUGACAACUGUUCGAGCAUCCUCGACCGACUUUCUGCCACGAUUUGCGCUAGAAACACGCUGUGAAAUCCAAAGACAACGCAUAACAACCGAUUUGUUCCUCGCGGCAAGCAACUCAACACGGCGGCGGGCUCCGGAAAUCAACAAUGAAGAUAGGAUAGCCCGAACGACUUGCCCAGGUGGUCAAACGAAUGUAUGGCUGGACGUCGCCAGCAUCGUGUUAAUUGCAGAAGUAUUUAAGGUGACAACUCGCGUGAAGUAGGGUUCUGUACACUCUUCGGCCAUAUGUUCUCUGCUGUGCUGGCGAACAGUGACCGAAAGGGCCGGUCGGGAAUUAACGCUGCCCACCGAACCGACGGAAAGUUGGUCAACAUUUUACGUGCGACAUAGGAGAAAAGUUUUGAGUUUAUGUUGCGUUACCCAUUGUAGGCAUACUCACACGCCAAAUAUUACGAUGGCGGCGGCUAUGCAGCCAUUAGCACAAAUAUGACAAUGGUCAUGCAGUAAAGAAGCUCCGACUGAGGACUACACGUGGCAGUUGUUAGCGAAUUCCACCUCACAUCAGUGAAAGUAUUCGCCUCCUUGCGGGGGCAAGAUUUCAAGUAAAAGCCACAAUGACGGCGCAAACGUCAGCGGACUUUCGAAAGCCAGUCAAGCCCACUCAUGUCACCGCAAAUUCUCCCUUAGCGAUAAACUGAAGCCAACGGAAAUAUCGUUUCAACUGCGUUCGUGUACUGGUGGUGAUAUGCACAAUGCGCCAUAUUAAGGCAAAAAAAUUCGGAGCAUCUUCACCUCGGAUUAAAUGAAAGGAAAAGAUAGCGGACGAACGUGUCAAACUUUUAUGGUAUCCCAACGCAGCACCAAAUAAACCUCAAAAAUGACCGAGAAGGAACUUUUUAAAUGUCUGUUUUAUGGUGAUGUCGAUAAAGGUGUCCGUGGUGAUGCACCGAAACGUUAAGAGCGCCUCCCAAUCGCCUGGAUGCCCUUGAACAGGGUUUGUGGACUGGUGGCGUAACGUCAUAAAACUGGUGCAGCAAUCUUAUCAGCUAAAUAAGUAGCAGAAGAGACACAAAAAACUGGGAUCCCAUAGAUCAGCGACGCCAGUACCCGACAUUUGUCAACAAACCAGCCUUGCAGUCAGACACCCGGAACACGAAAUAGGCCUCAUGAGCACUUUCAGACUCACAACAACGUCAAGACCACGUGUUCAACUCCAGCACCUGUCACUGUACAUCCCCCCUGAACGUUUCGCAUACAACAGGGACGCUGCUAGGACAAAGAGCAGCACAUUCAGCAAGGCAGACAGCGUCCAUCGGUUUCUGCUGCGCUCCCACAUCUAAAUCACUUGUCAAUCUGCUCAGCAGCUGUGAAUAUACUGCAGCAUGAGCCGAAAUCCCUCGCCCGAAUCGCCCCUCCACCAUCCGCCACGACAGCCUUGCCUAACUACUUUGCAUCCACACAUUGGACGACCUAGUAGGUCUAUUCGGGGCACACCCCAGCGAUCCUAUAAAUGUUAUCUAGCACAUAUGUUCUUAUUGUCCACACAAAACCAGUGUGAAGCCCAGUAGCGCCUCAACCGAGAUCCGGCCUUCUGCCUCUGGCACCCACGUCAUACGAUCAGGACGCCCGGGUGCCAAAAUGUGAGUACAUUCGGCCCCAAGGAUAGCCAAUCACAGGCGCGCACAAAUCCCACUGUCACCCAAUCACAACUGACUGACCUUCAUGUGACGCUUAUUGACUUACGCCUGUUUCACCCUAGCGCAUAGACGUGUGCAGACCUACAGCUUGCCCCGCGUCCACGGUUGACAGCCACCUGGCUUCUGUACAGAAUAUACUACUCCAAAUCGCGUUUUUCUCCCUCUCCUGUAAAGCGGGGCCAGGAUGCGAUUAUUGUGGCGUUCUGAGUACAUUCCCACUGCUUAGAUGCCACAGCCCCUUCCGGUAAGGUGUGCAUACACGAAAACCCAGGGUAGAUCAUAAAAGCCGAGACAUCACGUAUGUCAACACGCCUUGUAGGCACAUAUAAACCAACCCCUAAACAGAAUCUCCAGGGAAUGCAUCGGACCAAACUCGGCCGUUAGGUGCUGACAUGCUUUAAGUUUUCACUCCAUAUCAGUCACAGCGCUCAAUCUCAUUAUCAGUAGACAGGCCAUUUGAUGUAAGGCCAACAGUUGGAAACCCAUCACGUUGCACUACCAGUCCUGGCUUGAAAGGUUGACAGCUGACGGUUUAAUUCACUUUUACACAGAACUGGGGAUCAGGCCGCAGUGGGCUUUCUCCCACUCAGUCUUUCUGGUGGCUGAGAUUCAGGAUUCCCCCACCCAAUAAAGCCUAAUACAAGCGGAGUUUGGAACCACGCCUUGUGUGAUGGCUGUAGAAAGAUUGGCCAGCCUCUUUAGCCAAUGCAUCUGUCCAUGAAUUUGGUCUGCCAAUGCAGCACGAUGAGUAGAUGCAGUCCGAAAAAUUAAUGAGCAAUUUCCGACUGCGCCCACCGUCUGAGGAGGUAGUGAACCUCGACAAAUGCGACUAACGAACCAUCCUACGAGGUUCGCCUAAUUAAUUUUUAAGGAGAUGAAUCGUGUGUUUCAGCUAAACGCUGCAUUUUCCAUGGGUAUACGAUUCAAAGUGUUAUAGUCCUCUACAAGCUCGGAUUUGGGUUUUUGACUAGUAAACCAAUCUUGGCUGCAGCAAAGGAAUGGACACAAAUCCGUCGGCCGUUACGCCCCACGCAUGAACGUUCGAUCGGUGGAACUCAGAGGCAAACAUUACAGGCUGGGUAAUGGCAAUGGACAACUUAUAUUGAGCGCCUUUGCAGCGAACUCUGUAUACAAUUUCUAUAAUAACAUUCGCCAAUAUAAAUACAAAAGGUGGGCUAACUCAUGAGAUGUCAACCGAAAUUCUGAAAUGCGUUUUCGUUUCGAAAACAUUUAUCCAGUAGAGUUGGAGAACUGAUCGUCCAGCAGCAUAAUUCUAUAAUAAUUCAGUUACCCCAGGAUGCCGGCUUUCGAACGAACUUCUUUCCCGUAGCAAGCAAAAGCUAUACUCCGUAAAACUAUGACCACUUAAGUAGCAUGCACUUUUCGCAUUGAUUUUCGACGCCCUUAACAAUGCAGUUAUAUUUCAUGGAAAACAUGCAUAGCAAUAUUAAUUCUUUUACUUAUUCGGUAGAAAAUUACGUCUUUUUCCAAUGUUAUACUCAAAAAGGCAUAAUUCGGUUUUUAAAAACUCUUCCAAUUCCCGAAUAAUUUUGAACCCGACCUGCCAUUACACUCGACUUCAGGCUUUCCGAACUACAAACCAUAUAGUUUCCGUGUACGGAAAACCAUACGCUUCUCUGCGGUAUUUAGUGGACAUCAUAUGGCGUUCAUAAAAUUGGGCAGUGGAUUUGAGCCAUGUUGUUAACUUCGCGAACUCCAUUGGUAAAUGCAGAGACAUGGCGUUUUGUAAACGGCCAUUUCAUGGUACUAAAAAAUCUCGCAAUUACAAACAUUGGUUAACAUUCGCCAAUAUAAAUAAGUAAAUAAUAUUUCUAAGUUUCUAAUCCCUUAGUGCUGAGAACUGCAGGAUACAACUCAAUUUGAGCCGGAAAUCAUGCAGUUUUCGGUGUUCGGGACCCACACGAUCCUUAGAGUUGGAGACGUCACGUAGAAAAUUAGGAAUGGCGGAGCCGCUAUUCCUGACGUUUGAUACUAAUAAGAAGUACGCGGGUUCGGUAAGACCCUUUUUAAAAACUAGAUUGGAAGCUAUCGUGUGGGCGUCUGUGUUAGUUUGUUUGAGUAUGGUUUCGGAAUAUGUGGGUCAGAAGGAGAACCUAGGUGGGAAAACAUAGCUGUUCAGAUGCUUCCCAAAAAGGUACGAUCAAGACAAACGACAUAUCACGAGAACGGGGUUUUUCGGGUCGUCUCUGGCCUCUUUGAAGCAUUACUCGGUAUUGCUCCACUUUCAGGUCACAUGUUUAAUGCCUUGAUUUUAGCGCUUUCACAUCUGGAACACAGUUCCAACUCAUAUCAGUUGCGAGCGGAACUACUUAAGCAAUUUGGAAUAUUGCUCAGCAGUCCACACUGAUAUCAAACCGCAUUCGCGUAUUUCUAUGAAAGAUCCCGAUAGUCUGUAGUCCUUCCUGGGAACCGAAAAUUGGCUCGACGGCACACUCAAAAGGACGGAAGGCAAAUAGUGGUUGCGAAACUAGCUGAUACUUGAGGUGGAAAUUGAAAUAUGUCAAUAAAGUAAAAGUCCACGUUAUCGCGCGAAUUACAAACAGCAUAUUAAACUGGCACCUCAGCAGCUAAUAUUUCACAGACAUUUCGGGGGAGGGGUGUAACUGCUGACGACAAAAUUCCAUAAUUGACCGAUUAUUCAGUGAGUCUUCUCCACGCUUAACUCCAUCGACGAAAAGACUUGCUUUCGUAGAGUCCGUUAUUUUGUUGUAAAAUAGGACUUAUUUUACAAAACUGGGAGUUCUGAAGGACUAAAUAAAUGUGAAAUUAUUAAUGAGUGGACUAACAGUGUGUGCAAUUUGUCAUACAUCGAAAUGCAUUUGAAUAGAAGUCCUCUCCUCGAUUUCGAAGGAUGGCGUUGUCCCGAAUAAUUGCCACGCCAUUGCAGCGACAAUGAGCUGCCUGAAAUCAGUGAUUCUUUUGGAUAUCCCUUUGCAGUUCGUUCCCUACAUUACUCAUCUUGGAUUAUGGAAUCGAAUAAAACUCUCGUUCGUUAGAAUCGUCAAAUGAAGAGGGUUUAUAAAGCUGGAACUCUGCCGUCGGCGUAAUUUUAAAUCGCAAAUCAGAAGUAAUUGGACUGCCGGAAUAAAUCCGCGAUCCAUGCACAUUAAACAACAACACUGUCGGGAAAUCGGAACCGACACAAUAUGCGACCCCAUCUAGAAUGCGGAGGAUAUGUCAUCGCGUCUUACGGGAAGUGUUCGAAAUUUUUUUAAAUCCAUGAAUAGGCUCAGACUGAUCCAUGCAUGACCUUUAAGGCGAACCGGAAGAUUGAAUAUUAGCGAAAUUUAAUACCGAAAACCGAAGGAAGCUAAGUAUAGCGUCUGCACAACAAGACACCAAGUUCAGAGAUCAGGCCAGCGAAAUAGCUACUAGAAACACAAGGACGAGUGACGUUCGCGAACCCCAUAAGAGUAAAGUGGGAAAGCUGGCCCAACGGCGCAACACAAUCAUGCUGAGCAGCGGAACACAGGAAAGCCGCCAAGGUGCCCAGCAAAGGUAAAGUAUGCCAAAGUGGCGUGUAUACCAACCGAAUGUGAUAUUUAAGCGAAAAUUUAUGUUAUCUUGAAAAAAGGCAAUCGAUAGACCCAAAUUUAGCAACACUACUUUCGUAAGAGUCAGUGGACAGUAAUAAGUACUUCGCGAAUUUGGGUCCCUUAUUGCAUCCUUUCCUAGAAAUCCUCCACAUCUAAAAGGUUUUGCUAUCGGCAUCAUUUAUUACUGGCGCUGAGUUCCAGGAAUCAGUUAACCAAGAUACGCGAUCGUUAAAGCAAUAAUUUUAUUCGGCUGACCUUCCAGAUUUACACCCGAGCUCACUACCAGAUAUAGUGUUAGAUAAGUAUAAUGAAUGCCCAGAGGCUGCACUGUUAACAGGAUGCAGCUGCCAUGUCACCAUGUGCCUUUCAAAAUCAGGGGCCCCCGAAAUCACCGCAGUUGGCAACGACUGACGCGAUAGUUGCUCGAAAGCCUACACCCGAGUCAUUAACUGUGCGCAAUGUCAUUACUCGUGUUCGUUAUUGACGUAGAAAUUACCCGGACAUUUGGCUCGUUGACAACGAUACUGGAAAUGCUGUUUAUCGCCGCGCUCCCCGCCUGGUUAAUUAUUCUGUCCAGGUAGAGUCUCAGCACUGAAUAUGCAGCAGGCGGUCAUUGCGCUUAUUAGUAGAAGGCCGUCUGGACAACCAAUAUUCAAACAACACGCAUCCAAUGCGGUUGUCGCCCUCCGCAAGAAUGCUCAUCUUGAUGAACUUGAAGGUGUGGGCCACAACUCGGAGACUAGACAGUCCUCCUCACUUCUGCUGCUGCUGUCGCUGCUGCCACAUAUCCGGCUAACAUUGCUCUUGCAAACUUUUUGGGAUGUUCUACUAUGUCUUCGAACCUGUUUUACUAAAUUCAUUAUUCUGAUUGGAUUGUCGAGUAUUUGCCUAACUGAGUUUGCAAUGAAGAAGGCAACAUGUUUCACCGGUAAUUAUUGAAGAAAAGUAAAUAGGAAUCGCUGGGACCAGAGUUAGGAAAUUUGACCGCUGAACAUAUCUGUAUAUUCUCAGUGAUAUAAUACCACUUUCUGUGAUUUAAGAGACUCAUGACUGUAUGCGUAACCUAACCGUAGGUAAGGCAUGUCAUGUCCAUAGAAGACCUCUUAAUUCAACUUCCGGCACAGCUCCUAACUUAAAGCGCAGACGCAUUGUCACCGACAAAUCAAAACCCGCUUGAAACACCUCUAGGUUGAUCGGCUCAUCCGUAAUUCUCUCAGCCAUUCUCUCUCGGCGUCUCAUUUUGGGUCGGGACUAAAUGAUGAGCUGACGCCACUGUAUUCUUAUCCCACUGCCUCUUUCCUGAUAAGCCUACCUUAAGUUCAUUCAUUAACCUCAAAGGCCUUUGCAAGGCUUCAUUUAUAAAAUGAAGUAUUCAAAGACACGGCAUGGGAACGUUGCAUUUACGCACUGGAUAGCCGCACCCUGUCUGCUCGAAAAACGGUCGGUGGGGUAGGUAAGUCGGCUUUUGGCCAGUAUUUCAGUGGUAAGACAAAACGAUUUCCUAUAAAGAGUUACCAACAAUUUGCAACUGAGUCAGCAAUAGAGUAUUAGAAGAAUGGCACAUGCUUUUCGAUAAUACGAGUGCAAAUUUAUGGACCUUUCCACGGACAGUCCUGCCAGACAUCUUAGAUGACGCCACUUAAAAAUAAAGUACUAUCCGAAGGUGCUUCUGUAUGGCAGUUAUCGGGAGUUAACCCACAAAGGAAUAGGACCCCUGAGUGACUACUUCCAGUUCACUAGUCGCCAUCAGCCUGCGACGAUUUAACUGCUGAUGCUGGUGCGCCAAAAGUUCGAAACUGGGUCGACAGGGCCAGUAGCAUUUAAUUCCAACGUUCUGUCGACUUGAAAUAACGGAAAAGCCAUCUGUGGACUGGGCUGAAAAACAUGCAAAUUUGCGUUAGGUCGUCUACCGGUCGAAACUGAUACCUAGGUUAAGUUUAAUACCCCUUCAAGCUCUCAUAUAACGACCAGCAAUCGGUCUGGGAAAAAAACUUCCAGGAAGGAUGUUAGACUGGACUGCCGUGAGCCCGCGGUUGAAAUAGCCCACGAGUGACAGCUCCGUUCCAUUGCCAUCUAAUACUUUCGUAUAUGCGAUUCUUAGCGGACUUCUGUGCUGUUAAUUCUUUUUGGAAUAUUCGUCCUCCUGAAAGUUGUAGCUUAAACAGUGGUAAGAUCUGAGGUUAAAUCCAUUCCACACAAUUUAUCAGAAUAUUACACGAAUACAUAUGUAUUUUAAUUGAUGCAGCCUCCGGAGUCGGUGCCCAACUAGUGUCAUGGGUUUAACAUCCAACCUGACCUCUUAUGUCUGCUAAACUCGGGCGAAGGUGGACAGUGAAACUCCAGUCCCCAGCCAAGUGUCCGUGCGUCAAACCCUAGUCAGUAAUUAAAUAUUCCUCUUUUGCACGCCGUCUGGACGGGAUAUCCAGGACAGAGUGGAGAGUUGCAGUCCGUACCUUAAUGAUGGAACCGUUGGUCAACGACCAAAUUGCCCCAGGUGUGUCAGGCCUGAGAGUGGGUGGCAAAUUAAGGACGAAAAAUGCGACUGAAGUAAAAUGUAACCAUUUCCAUAUACUUUUGCUAGUUAGCCCAGACGCACGCCUAUUUAGUCACGAUAAGAUUAGUCUCAAAAGCACCAGACGCAAUAUUAAAAUAGUACAAAGUCUGAUUUUUCAUCUUAUCGGCGUAGAACAUCCGCUAUAGGAGCUUGAUUCAAGUAAAACCGAAAUUACGGAUGCUAAACGCCUAGCCAACGUGGCAGCGACCUUCGUUCACCUUGAAAAUAUGUGGGGAAAGCCGAAUCCUACAACAAUCAUACCAAGCUAAGAUACGGUGCCACAAUAAGGAAACGUCCUGUUGGUCUCUCGUUGGAUGCCGAGAAAGAAUCCUCCAGUACGAUUCUAAAACGGAAAUUCGCCUCCUUAACUUCAAAAACCGUUUUCUUCUUUCCAGAGAUUGCAGUUCUUUCAGGUAGGUAGAUGAGUAGCAUUAAGGCGUGGGCUGAUCGUUAACGUCCUCAGCAUAAUUAAUGAUCUCAAAAAUGCUAGUUUAGUUCUCAAGUUGAGAGACUUAGGCUGCUGCUGCUGCUGCUGCUGCUGCUGCUGCUGCUGCUGCUGCUGCUGCUGCUGCUGCUGCUGCUGCUGCUGCUGGCCAUCCCACCCAUGACGAUGUGGGUAAACCCAUCCCUCUCAUUCAUCCCAUCCUCCAGCACUUGGUUCCGGUCUUCGGCAUCGGGUUGCUAGGUGAGGCGCCAAACAGAUGCGAAAAAGUGACGAUUGAAUAA